GCCAUCUUCAAAUAUCCUGCCACAUGGAAGAGGGAACAAGCUUGUUUUCUCCUGCUUUUGGAGGGUAUGACUCAAACCAAUGGAUUCAAUUUACAAGAAAGGAGAUUUUGACUAAACAUCAGGAAGAACUUUCUGACAGUAAGAGCUGUUCAACAGUGGAACGGUCUGCUUUGGGAGGCUGUGGACUCUCCUACCUUGAAGGUCUUUAAGCAGAGGUUGGAUGGCCACCUGUCAGGGAUGCUAUAGCUGAGAUUCCUGCAUUGCAGGGACUUGGACCAUUGGGGUCCCUUCCAACUCCACAAUUUUACAAUCCUAUGAUUGUAAUCCGGUGCAUUCUUCCUAGCCUUAAAGGAUAUUUUUUUAAAAGGAACAAGUGGUUGAGGUGGGGAUUUUUAUUGUUGGGGUAACUUUUGGUGGGUUUAUUAUUAUUAUAUAUUAGUUCCUGUGAUGUAUGCUUUUCUAAUUUUUCUUACUUCAAUAAAAAAAUUCAAUAAAAAUAGCAUUAAAAUCUUUUCACCUAUUCCCAUAAAAAUUAGAAAUAAAAUAAAAUUCCUUUCACGUUCCCAUGAAAUAAAAAUGAAAUAAAAAUACUUUCAGCUAUCCCAGUGCAGCAAAAAAUAAAAAUGAAAUCCUUUCAUAUAUCCCCAUAAAGUAAAAUAUAUGUCUAUAGCUGUUUAACUGUUCUUAUUUUUAUCUGUAAGCUGUCAGGGGGAAAGGUGGGGUAUAAAGAAACAAACCCCUUUCCUAUUAAAAAAAAGGACAAAAAUAAAACAAAAAUCCUCUCGCAUAUUCUCGGGGGCGGGGCGGAAUCCUCUCACAACUUCCCAUAUCCGUAAUAAAAAUAAAAAUCUUUUCACGACUUGGCAUUGAAAGAGAAAUAAAACGUAUUCCCAAGCGAAUAUCAAAUGAAAGCCCUGCGACAUCUCUUCCCCUCCUGAGGGUCAGUCCUCCUCUCCGCCUCGCGGAUCCCGGGCGCCGCCUGCGCUGCUCCGCCCGCCGGAGGAGGAGGAGGAGGAGGAGGCGGAGGAGGAGGCGGAGGCCUCGCCUGGGAAGCCGCCGCGGGAGGAGCAGGAGGACCAAGGAGAAGAAGAAGAGGAGGAGGAGGAGGCUCCGCCGCCGCCGCCGCCGCCAUGGCGCUGGUGACCCUGCAGCGCUCGCCCACCCCCAGCGCCGCCUCCUCCUCGGCCAGCACCAGCGAGGUGAGGGGCUCCUCCUUCGGCCGGCGCCGCCAGACCCCCCCCCCCGCCGGCCUUGCCCGCCGCCGCCGCCGCAGCGCCCGCCCCGCCUCGGCCGGAGCCGGGAGGCCCAGAGCAGCCCCUCCGCGCAGCCUGGCCUCGCUUCGCCAGCCCGGGGGCUUCUCCCGGCCCGCGCCCGCCUGGCUCCGGCCCCCGGGCCCCUCCUCUCCCCGGAGACCCUGCAAGGGGCGCCCGAGCCCCUCGCGGCAGCCGCCCCUUCCCGCAGCCACCAGGCGCCUUCGCGGCCCUUGGGCGACCGGCUUGCAAUGUCUUGCAGCCCUUAGGAAAGUGGAUGUGCGCGAGGGAAGGAAGUGGUAGGACGGAUCGCGCCGCUUGACAACGAAGCCGGAUGAUGUCAUAUUUACUGUUACGUCGUGAAAUGUUUUUAUUUUUAUUUCUAAACACCCUUAAAACUUGCCUGGAAGUGGAAAACAAAGCCAGAAAUGGGGAGAGAAAUUUCUAGCCUAGAGAGCUAAUUUUCUACUUGUGAGGCUUAGCCCAUGUAAGUCGCUGUAGUUAACUGGCCAGCCAAGGGAUGCCUGAACAGCUUAGAACCGAAAUUUGGCCCAUGGGAGGCGAUGUGGAGUGAGUGGGAUGGGCAAGAGAAGAACCUAAUCUCACCUGGUUCUCUAGAGCAAGUCCAUCAUCCUGAGAUCCAAAAAGCACCCACCAUAUUCUACACACUUGGUCUUAUUCACCUGAUCUGCCACCUGCCACUAUAUUGUGUGGGUUGUGGGAUAUUCUCAGAUCCAAGCUUUCAGGUUAAAAAACUCAUUUUCCACAUCCAGGAUCUGGUUGACACCCCCCCCCCCGGUCUUCAGGUGGCUCCUGAAUAGUUGAAAUGUUCUUCAUGCCCAAAAAAGUUUGUAUGGUUGCAUUCCAUGGUUAGCUUUGGUGCUAGUCUACCUUCAACAAGGAAAAGACUUGCCUGCUUGUUGAGCUUGAGCUGUGGUUUUCAUCAGUGCAAUCUGUGCAUGUUUCCUCAGAAGUAACUCCCACUGUGUUCAAUGGGCCUUACUUUCAGGUUGAGUGUGCAUAGGAGUCCAUGCUUAGUGUGAGCAUUUAAAAUGUUUCCACCAGUGUACAGAGCUUCAGUUUUAAAUGCCCUACAUUUGGCAGUUUUGCUGAGAGAAAAACACGAACUUAUUGUGAUCCCAUUUACACAGUAGUAUAUUGGGAAUAAUCCUGAUUGAAGUUAUUGGGAUUAAAUUUCUGUGCUUGUGAGUGGUGUGUUGGGUUUGUUGCAACUCAUUCAUGUUUCUUCUCUGCUAUCUUUAGGUUGCCUAUUGUGUAAGAUGCUGGCAGGGGUGGGGGAGCACCUCUCGUGAGCACCUCUUGCCUCUCAUCUGUCAUUCAAAGUAUUCUAGUGAUUGGAUUUUAUUUAGAGCAGCCUAGUGAUUGGAUUCCAAAAGACAACAUGUUUUUUUUUAGACAGCUUGCUUUGAUCAGAGGAGGAUAAAAACGUAACUGGAAUGAAAUGAUAUAUAGCUGCUUUCUAAAGCUCUUAAUUGGUUCAUCUGUAAAAUUUUAAAGUGCAUAUAACCAAACCUCCAUAUAGGUGCCUUUUUGAAAUAUUAAAUGAAGAUUUCCUUAAUAAUACAUCCAUAUUGGUUGCAUGUGGUUUACAGGCACUGACCAGCCCCAGUCCUGUUAACGUCAGCAACUAGCGGCCUCCUGUGCCUUAAGACUAUUCCUUGGAACCAGCUAGGGUUAGGAAACCUAUGAAAUCAAAACACAGGCUGCCACUUAGGAAAGGCCAUCUAUAUUUGUUUCCUUUUCAGUCCCUAUUCCAGUAAGACACCAUCAUAAUGAUAGUAGUAGUAGUAGUAGUAGUAGUAUUUAUUUAUUUAUUUAUUUAUUAUACCCCGCCCAUCUGGCUGGAUUUCCCCAGUCACUAUGGGUGGCUCCCAACAGAAUAUUAAAAACACAACAAAACAUCAAACAUUAAAAACUUCCCUAAACAGGGCUGCCUUCAGAUGUCUUCUAAAAGUUAGAUAGAUGUUUAUUUCCUUGACAUCUGAUGGGAGGGUGUUCCACAGGCGGGUGCCACCACCGAGAAGGCCCUUUGCCUGGUUCCCUGUAACCUCACUUCUUGCAGUGAGGGAACUGCCAGAAGGCCCUUGGAGCUGGACCUCAAUGUCCGGACAGAACGAUAGGGGGUGGAGACGCUCCUUCAGGUAUACUGGGCCGAGGCCAUUUAGAGCUUUAAAGGUCAGCACCAACACUUUGAAUUGUGCUCGGAAACAUAUUGGGAGCCAAUGUAUAUCUUUCAGGACCAGUGUUAUAUGGUCUUGGCGGCCACUCCCAGUCACCAGUCUAGCUGCCGCAUUCAGGAUUAGUUGUUGUUUCCGGGUCACCUUCAAAGGUAGUCCCACAUAGAGUGCAUUGCAAAGUGAGAGCAUCCAAAGCAUGCACCACUCUGGUGAGACAGUCUGCGGGCAGGUAGGGUCUCAGCCUGCGUACCAGAUGGAGCUGAUAAACAGCUGCCCUGGACACAGAAUUGACCUGCGCCUCCAUGGUCAGCUGUGAGUCCAGAAUGACUCCCAGGCUGUGCACCUGGUCCUUCAGGGGCACAGUUACCCCAUUCAGGACCAGGGAGUCCUCUACACCUGUUUGCCCCCUGUCCCCCCAAAACAGCACAGUGGUACCUCGGGUUAAGAACUUAAUUCAUUCUGGAGGUCCCUUAACCUGGAACUGUUCUUAACCUGAGGUACCACUUUAGCUAAUGGGGCCUCCCGCUGCUGCCGCGCAAUUUCUGUUCUCAUCCUGAAGCAAAGUUCUUAACCCAAGGUGCUAUUUCUGGCUUAGCCGAGUCUGUAACCUGAAGCGUCUGUAAUCUGAAGCGUAUGUAACCCAAGGUACCACUGUACUUCUGUCUUGUCAAGAUUCAACCUCAAUCUGUUAGCCUCUCUCUCUUUUUCCUGUUAUCUUCAUUAGGUUAAUCUGGUGAUUAAAGCUUUUUUGGGGGGAAACCAACACAUUUUUAUUGGGGUCUUUUUACAAAUACAAUAACCAUUAAACACUUGUGAUUAUAGCUUUCAGCCCUAAAAGAGAGGCAAAGAUCUAGUCCUUGUCCCCUGAAACCUGUAACAUAUUAUUUCCCUUUUCAUAUUAUUAAAUGAAGCAACAAAGCCAGUGUGAUGUUGUGCUGAGGUUGUGAACUCAGCCCUUCAGUCAGUCAUGAAGUUUGCUUGGGUGACCUGGCUUCUCUGUCUCCCCAACCUACCUCUCAGGGUUGUUGGGGGGAAAUGGGGAAGGGAUGGCAUAUAUGCCCCUCUUAAGCUCCUUGGAGAAAGCAUGUGAUGAUAAGGCAAUAAAUGUAUGCAUGCUAUUAUUUUAUUGAAGCUAUUUUUAAAACUUGCACGAAAACCUUUUGAAUCAUAUUAUUUUGAGCCUUUAAUGCUUAAUGCUUCUUGCUCUUUCCCCUUCAGCUGGAGGUUGGCAGUGAUGACGACCGCAAACUGAACCUGAGGUAAGCAGGAUCUAUUUAAACCCUUGCUCCAAAAGUUGUUUCUGGCAUCCCCUGCCCCCCUCGCUGGUUUAUGUGAUCCCAUAUAAGGUCUUGAUUCUGUGUGAAGGACUGGGGAGAAUGUUCCAAUUUCCAGGUGGAUGGAAACUGCUGCUGGCUGGGUCCCUCUUACCCACCCCAUGUUCAUUGGUCUAUUACUGCCAUUUCUUCCAUGUGAACCUUGGAUACGAGUGAGGCCCAAUAUUAAAUGUGACAUGGGGCAUUUAGGAAAAACAUACCUUGGUGGUCUUCCAUAUUUCUCAUUUAAACCCAAGUUGUUUCACUGGUGCAGAGGCAUGGAGGGAUCUGUGACUAAUGCACUACACAUGCUAAUGUUUCAUGUGUAACAGCUCAGAGCCCAAUUUAAAUGUGAAACUGGAAUCUUGCUAUGGCACAUUUUCUUACACAUGUAGUGUUGCAUUUGAAUUGUGUCUGAGCUCGUCUGCUGCAAGCCUGCCAUGGUUCAGUGCUGGGUGUACAGAAUGUUAGCUUGUCUAGCGCAGAAACUCAGUGGGAUGGUGGCAAAGGGGCACAGCAGUCUGUUCUUCUACUGCAAGCCCUCUUGGUUUCCAUGUGGUACUCUCCGGAGGGGGCUCACCAUCCUCUGUGGCCUGUGUGAAAAUGCAGUGGAUACUUCCAUAGCAGCCAGUUUGGUUUCUACACUGGGCCAGGACAAACAGAGCACCCUCCUGCCAAGAUGGAGCCAGCUUGUUUUCUGCUGCUGUGGAGGGCAAGACCAAACCAAUUGAUUCAAAUUAAAAGACUUAAGCAUUAGGAAGAACUUUCUGAGGGUAACAGCUGUUUGAUAGUGGAACUGUCAUGCUCAGAAGGUAGUGGACUCUCCUUCACUGAAGGUUUUUAAAGAGAGACUGGAUGGCCACCUGUCAGGGAUUCAGGGGGUUGGACUACUCUUGACGUCCCCUCAAAUUUGAUGAUUCUGUGGAAAAUACAUGCCCAUGCACACAUAAUAUUUAAGGAAAUAAUCUACAUAUUAAGGGCAGAGGUUUUAGCUCUGAUGGCAUAGCUUCCUUCUCUGUCUUCUCCUCUAGGAUGUCCUUUAGUGCCUUGUGAGUCUUUCUUGCUUUGCAUCAAUUUUCUCUUUGGUUGUACAACUUAUACAUGGGUCAGUUGUACCUCAGAUGUGAUACUAACAGCCAGCGGACUUUGUGCACUUCCAAAUUAAUUUGGUAAUUUUUACAGCAUGCCUGUGUGUAAGCCUGUGACUGUCUGUGUUAUUUGUUAGGAAAUCUGCCUGGUGUUUGGGGUUAUCAGUGAUAGUUUCCACCUGCCAGGGAUCCGUGGUCCAGCUGGAGAGAGAACAAUGUGCAUCUUGGCUGUUGCUCCAGGCUGUGUGGCUUCAUGUGCAGACUAUCAGGGCAGGGCCUGGACUGUCGCUGGUUGUACUUGAAUCCAGACCUGGGAAGGAGCUUUCUAACUGGAACUAGAUUAAAGUUUUGCGUUGGAGCUAGAAGAGCAGCAGGUUUUUUUGUUUUUUUAACCUGUUCUGUUGAACAUGCAAGAGCAGACGCUCCUGGGAUUAAUACCAGAGCUGGUCAAGCCAGAAGCUCUGCACUGGCUGCCAGUCUCAGAGCUGAUGUAUUCUGGAAUUCCCAUUUGUGCCUCUGAGACAUGAGCGGUGUUGUUCAUAAAGUACCUAAGAUUUUCUUUGCACUGUGUGAAGCUAAGAAAACAGGCCAGUAUCUUCUUUCAUGCUUACAAGCUAAUAGGCACAAUACAAAAGGGGGGAUUUGAUUUACCUUUAAAACUCUUCCUGCCUUGGGACUAGCAUACUUGAAGGGCCACCUGAUUCCAUAUGUACCUGUACAUUAGUGUCUUCAGUUGACAGCCUCUGAGGUAAGGUGUUUAGACCAUUCUGCAGAGAGGCUCCCUUUGCUGAUCCUUUGAGUGCCAAGCAAAGACCACUUCAUUUCCUCCAGAUUUUUGGAUAUAAUUUUAAUCCUGUUGCCUGUCUUUUGCUGCUUUUAUGUGUUUGUGGCACAGUUCACAUGGCACUUUAAUCCAUAGUUUAAAAUAAGUUGUGGUUUAAGGUGAUUUGCUCCCCUCCUUUCUUCCUUCAGCAUGCCAGGGAAGAAACAAACCAAAGACUGGCUUUGUGUGAUGUGUAAACCAGCGGUUGUGGUUUGUUUCCACCUGAAAGGAAACAUGAGCAGUACGGCAAGGUUUGUUUGGGGGAAACAAAUAAUUUGCACUUAAUGCAAAGCCAGUAUUUGGUUUCUUUCUUCCUGGCAUGCUGAAGGAGUGGAAAAAGGGCGAAGCACAUGUUCAGCAUGUUUACUAUAAACCAUAGCUUUAAAGUGAUGUGCAAACCAGGCUUGCAGUUCUUAGCCAGUAUUUACAUUUUAAUUGCUUUCUUCUUUGCAUAUAUGACCCUGGGAAUAUGAUUGAAGGGUGUAUGUUUGUGUAUAUGUACAGUCGUACCUUGGUUUUUGAACACCUUAAUUUUUGAAUGUUUUGGCUCCUGAACGCUGCACACCCGGAAGUGACUGUUCCAGUUUGCGAACUAUUUUUGGAACCCGAAUGUCUGGUUGGGCUUCCACAGCUUCUGAUUGGCUACAGGAGCUUCCUGAAGCCAAUCAGAAGCCGUGCUUUGGUUUCCAAACGUUUUGGAAGUUGAACAGACUUCCGGAACAGAUUCUGUUCGACUUCCAAGGUACGGCUGUGUCUCUAUAUAUUAAUCAAUACAGUUUUCAGGGUGUGGAAUAGGAAAACAAAGAACUUUCAGUUCCAAAACUUUCCAGUUCCAUAAUGACCUUGUAGAAUGACCACUCGUAGAUGCCUUGUUGAAUGGCAUUUGGUCAUAACUGAGACAACAGAGUGAGCCUUCCGUCUCCUUCUGAGGCAGUCAGGUGGAAGAAUGGCUGCUGAUAAAUGAGUACACAUAGCUUACAAAGUGAGUUCCCUGGGCUCAGGUUCCAGCCGCAUGAGGUCCCCAUUUCAAACUACAGAAUCCCAGUUAGGUUGCUGCCUUGAAUGACUCCUCCUCUGCUGGGCAGCAAUUCCCUCCUGGCUCCACUUCUGAGACAAGACAGCCAACCAGCUGCACCUUUAUUCAGGGAAGGUGGCUGGCAGUCCUUGUGCUGUACUGCCAAACAGCAACAAAUGAUGCUCUGGAUCCAUUCCAGUCCGGCUUCCACGCUGGUCAUGGGACCGAGACGGCUCUGGUUGCCGUAACAGAUGAUCUUCGUAGACAGCUGGAUCGAGACGGGUCGGGGCUGCUGAUUCUUCUAGAUCUGUCAGCAGCUUUCGACAUGGUCGAUCAUGAACUUCUGGACCACCGCCUUGCCGACGUGGGGAUCCAGGGCACAGUCCUUCAAUGGCUGCACUCGUUUCUCUCUGGUCGGGGACAGAGGGUGGUGCUUGGGGGGGAAUUGUCAUCGCGCCACUCCUUGGUGUGUGGAGUACCUCAGGGUGCGAUACUCUCCCCGAUGCUUUUCAACAUCUUUAUGCGCCCCCUCGCCCAGCUUGUUCGGAGUUUCGGGCUGGGUUGCCAUCAGUAUGCCGAUGAUACCCAACUCUAUCUGUUGAUGGAUGGCCAUCCUGACUCGGCCCCAGACACACUGACCAGAUGUUUGGAAGCUGUGGCUGGAUGGUUACGUGGGAGCUGGUUGAAGCUAAAUCCUUCGAAGACAGAGGUCCUGUGGCUGGGACGGGGCGAUAUGGGAUUGGGGGGGCAACUCCCAUCUCUUGCGGGGGGCGCAAUUAGUGCCAGCACCGUCCGUUAAGAGUUUGGGUGUAAUCUUCAACACCUCCCUUUCCAUGGAGGCGCAGAUUGCAGCUAUAACAAAGGCGGCAUUUUUCCAUCUCCGCCAAGCUAAGCAGUUGGCUCCUUACCUCUCUCGCCCUGACCUAGCCACUGUGAUCCACGCGACGGUCACCUCCAGACUGGAUUAUUGUAACUCGCUCUACGUGGGGCUGCCCUUGAGACUGACCCAGAAACUCCAGCGGGUGCAGAAUGCUGCAGCGAGACUCCUAAUGGGGUCCUCGCUGCAAGAUCACAUUCACCCGGUGCUAUACCAGCUGCACUGGCUCCCGGUGGAGUACAGGAUCAGGUUUAAGGUGCUGGUUUUAACCUUUAAAGCCCUAUACGGCCUAGGACCCUCGUACCUACGGGACCGCCUCUCCUGGUAUGCCCCACAGAGAAACUUACGGUCUUCGAAUAAAACAUCUUGAAGGUCCCAGGCCACAGAGAAGUUAGGCUGGCCUCAACUAGAGCCAGGGCUUUUUUGGCUGUGGCUCCGAUCUGGUGGAACACUCUGUCACAAGAGACCAGGGCCCUGCGGGACUUGACAUCUUUCUGCAGGGCCUGCAAGACAGAGCUGUUCCACCAGGCCUUCGGCCAGGGCACAGCCUGACUCCCUCCCUCGGUAAUCUUCGCGGAGCUCUGGCCCAAUGGUUGCCAGUGGCUUGAAUUAAUUAAUUUUAUAAUGAAUGAUUUUAGAGUGUUGUUUAUCCUGUACUUUUGUAUUGUUUUAUUGUUGUUAGCCGCCCUGAGCCCGGCUUCGGCUGGGGAGGGCGGGAUAUAAAUAAAAUUUAUUAUUUAUUAUUAUUAUUAUUAAUUAAGCAUAGGAGCAGCCAACCUUCACUGGCAGAAUUCAGUAAUUACUGGUCCCUGUUGGCAAUCAGGUGACUUGAAAUUUUGCAUCCUGGUUUGUUGUUCAUCACCAUGAUUGGAGACACUGUCAGAUAGGUGGAGGACUCUGUGUCUCUUGAACAGAGAGAACUUAAAGGACAAUUUGCUUGAAACUUACUAGUUUAGGGUAAAGGCAAGUAAGUGACAUGACAGAAGUUUAUAAAAUGAUGCAUGGCAUGGAGGAAGUGGACUGGAAAGUUAUUCUCCCUCUCUCAUAACACUAUAACUCAGGGACACCAAAUGAAGCUGGGUGUUGGAAGCCGCAGGACACAUAAAACGAAGUGCUUCUUUAUGUAUCACGUAGCUAAACUGUGGAACUCAUUCCUACAUGAGACAGCGGUGGCCACCAACUUGGAUGGCUUUAAAAGGGAAUUGGGCAGGUUCGUGGAGGAAAGGACUGUCAAUGGCUACUAGCCAUGAUGGCUGUGCUCAGAUGGCGGCAAUGCUUUUGGAUGCCAGUUACUGGAAACGACACGGAGGGAGAGGGCUCUUGCGCUAGAACCCUGCUUGUGCGCUUGCUGGAAGAGGCACCUGGGUGGCCACUGUGAGAACAGGAUGCUGACCUGAAGGGAACAUUGACCUGAUCCCACAGGCUCUUGUUAUGUUUUUGUAGUUUAGAGUUGCUGUGUUGCGCUGUGAGUCCACUGGGGGGCACUCUCAGUCUGCUUCUUCUAACUCUCAGGCCCUUGUUUUCUCUGUGAUAUAGUUUUGUCUGGCUUUUACAUCCAUCAGAAGGCUGCUGCAGGAAAGAUAGGGUCGUUCUAGUAGGCACAGAAGUUGGCUUGAAAGGCAGGCCUUUUCCGCUGCAGGAGUCAAGAGGGCAAUUGGAACAGAGCAACACCUGCAGUUGCAAAUAUAAUCUUUAAGACAGGAAAGCUCUGUCCAGGAGAGAGCAGAAUAAUUUGGGUUUCAGUCUUAAUUUGGUGUGUUUGUAUUUAAAGUAAACCAUGCUCACAAGAUAUAACCAUGCAGUUUUCAAUCUUGGCCAAAAUUAAAUCAGGUAUGGGGUAAAACUAGAUGUUGCUAAACUACAAGUCCCAUCAUCCCUGGCCAUUGGCCAUGCUAGCUGGGGCUGAUGGGAGCCAAAUAGUCUUUUGUCAAACAUGGAUGGAAUUCACGGUGCAUACAAUUUUCUUUCUAGAUUCUAUUAUUUAUUUAUUUUUAACUGUUUCUUUUUAUGAUAAUUCUCAAAGCAACUCAUACAUUAAAGAAAAAAUGCUGCUUGUGUAGCAAGAAUUGGAACCAAUGAUACCAAUACUAAAAAGGACUAGUUUGUAGCAAACUCUUUCCUUCUCACAACACAAGGGGAUCACCAAACCUCCUAGUUAAAAUAGAUGCAAAGACCAUAGCAGUAUUAUCACUCCAGUUCCUGGGAGAAUAGGAAUGUCUUCACUUUGUGCUGAAAGAUGUCUGUGUUUGUGCCCAGCAAACUUCCCUGGGGAGAGCAUUCCACAAAUAAGGGGCUGCCACUAAAAAGGCCCAUUCACUUUCUCUUGGAAGAAUCAAAGAAUUGUAGAGAUGGAAGGGACCCCAAGGCUCAUCUAGUCCAACCCCCUGCAGUGCCUUGAAGUUCGCUGGGUGAACUUCUUGGCCAGUUACUCACUCUUAGCCUAACCUACCUCACAUAGUUGCUAUGAGGAUAAAAUGGGGAGAAGUAUGUAAGUCACCUUGAGUUCCUUGGAGGAAAAGUGGGAUAUAAAUGCAAUAAGUAAGUAAGGGCAUCUGAUGGUUUUGAGGUCCCUGACAAAGCAGUGCAUGAGGGACUGCUGUCCUGAGCCAUGUUUGGACCUGGAGAUGAAUUGACAGCCAGCAUAGCUGGCCCAGAAUUGGUACUGUAUGUUUGAAUCAUCUGGUGUCUGUUGAUAAUCUGUCUGCAGAAUUCUACACUAGCCAUGGUUUUUGAACUGUCUCUGAAGUCAGCCCAACAUAUAAGACAUUGCUACAAUGCAACCUGGGCUUAUGAGAGUACAGAUCACUAAAGCCAGGAUAUCUCCACCCAGAUAUAGACACCAGCUGUAGUUAGUAGAAGGCACCCUUACUGUUGUGCCUGCUGUGGUGACAGUAAUGGACCUAUGAGUACUCCCAAGCGGCUAACUUUAAUCCUUCGUGGGGAGUGUGGUCACAUCUAUAUUUCAUAUACAUCAGGUUUUUCAUCCCCUUCCACAUUACCUAUUCACAUAGCCAGCAUCCCAAUACAUCUCUUAUUGCUGAACUCGCAAUUGCUAAACCAGGGGUGGGAAAAGAUCCUGCUGGAAGGCAAGAUCCAGAAGUGACCCACCCUCCACAGGUCACUUGGACAGGUGAGUGGUGCUGGCCACCUGUUAAUCAUUUGACAUAUUAUUAUUUCUUAGCAUUUCUAUAUUUAAUCCAAAGGAAGAUUCUUCCAUGAACUUUGCUACGCUGAUAAGCCCAAGAAAGGUGAAUGCGGUUACCCCAAAAUGGCCUUGCAGGAUCAGGCCUGAGGACCACUGCACUAAAUAGACGUUAGAACUGAAACAUAAGGAAACUAAGAAUGGUGAAGGGCAAAACCACCUUUUUGCUACUUGCAAAUCUUAUCUGUAUUUUUUAGCCAAAGAACCAGAGAAAAGCAUUGGAUGGUUGUUUUGUCCACUGGUAGAUGGCAUUAGGGAUUCAAGGUAUGAGGAACAGAAUAUGACAACAGCUGAACAGUGUCAAGCUAAAUACAAUAUGAUCGCAUCUUUCAACAACACACUGCUGGAGGCAGGCUGGUUGAAAUUGCACAAAUAAAAUCCAAGCAAGGUGGAGAGCCUAGAAGCUCUUUUUGCACUAAGUCCACUUGGGGUUACCCAGGAUGGAAAAAGCUUUUAAGCUCCCCACCUUGCUUGCUGGGCAAGGCCCACUCAGCACACCUGUUCUGGGAUGCUCUUGCAAGAUCUCACAGGGCCAUAUGAGUUCCCGCAAGAUCUUGCGCAAACAUCCUAAGCCUUCCAGAGCCAGCGCCUUGCCCUCCAAGCAAGGCAGAGAGCUUAAAAGCACUUUUCAUGCUAGGUGUGCUAGGGUUUCCUGGUGGUCAAGGAGCUUUUAAGCUCUCCGCCUUGCUUGCUGGGUGAGGCCCACAUGGCACACGGGUUCUGGGAGUAAGGGGUUCAGACUGAAUCAUUGGGCAGCUGCACACUUGUGGCACAGGCUUGCUUGAAUAAACAGAAUUCUACACACUUAAAAGCACUGGAGAAACAUUUGUAAGUGUAUUAUUACAUUGCAAACAAAAUGGAAAAUUAGACUGGGCCAUAUGCUGUAGCAUGAACUGGAGCGCUCCAGGCUACAGGGUGGGGUUGCCUGAUCCAGGCCUCAUUGCUAAUUGACCCUUGCAGAGCAGGAGAUUCCACCCCUUCCAUUCCGGGUUCCCCUGCCCCCCAGCACUGCACAGAACACAGGCCUUGUGCUGGCUUCCCAGGCCACGCCCACAUGGCAGCCAGUUCCCAACCGCUGUCAGGCUAACCAGAUCGCCUCCUCCUUGCUCAGAGCUCGCUACAGUCAGGAUACUGCAGCCUUGACAGGAUGUGAUUCAGCAUCCUGUUUUUAAGUAUCUGAUAGAGUCAGCAGCUUCUGCCUCCACUUCUCCUUGCUGACUUCAGCUGCAAGACAACAAGGGAUCACAGCCCGUGGGAUGGCACAGCAUGGCUAUUGUCUUCAGGCGUAGCCCCCCCCCCCCCGCAGGCUGCUAAAGCCUCCAUUCACUCUACUUUAAGCACAUUCACUCAAAGCCCUGUAAUUGUGACUGACCUAUAACUGUGACCCGAGUCCUGGACUCCACACUAUGCAGCCCACAUUUUCCAUAAUGUGUUCAGCUUCCUAGAUUCAGCCUAGAAAUGGAGGCAGUAGUUUGCCUGGAAUGCUAGCACGUAUUUGUUUGGUGCUUGUGUGGUAGUCUUGAAGGCUGUAUUGUGGCUCCUCCUCCUCUUUUUCUCAGCUGUAGCGCUAAGCUGCGUAAAUGUGGCUGGCCCUGAUUGUGUGGUGGACAGUGGAUGGCAUCAGAUAGCCUCAGGGAUAGGAAACCAGGUAGCGAGAGGCGGGGUUUGCACAUACUUUCCCCCAAUCCCUGCAUGGGAAGAUCGCCUGGCCUUUCUCUGGAUACACUGUUGUGCCCAGAUUACUUGAACUUGCCAGAGUCUUUCUCUUAUAAGACUCAUUAGAGCUAAAUCCGUCUUCCUGAAUGUUUGAUGGAGUAGUGACUUGUCUCCAUCUAGUGAAAACAUGUCACUGUCUUGGACCAAGUGAGUUCCAACUGCUCCGACUCACCCCUUAGCCUCAGAGGCCAUUGUUGGCCUUGUUGCCUAGUGGGCAAAGACCAAAGGGGCAACACCAAGGAGGAGGGCAGGAUAUGCCACCAGAAUAACCCUGUUGCGAUAGGGACACAUCAUGUCAUUUCUGUUCCUCUUGAAUGAAUGUGAUUUUUAAAAUUGCAAGCAUGUUUUGUAAACAGCUUUGAGAGCCCUUUGAGACUGUAAAAUGGAGUAUAAGGCCCUUCUUUGUGUGCCUCCUCCCUGAGAGGUAGGGAGGGUGGCAGUACCAGAAUGGGCCUUUUCUGCAGUGGUUCCCCAUAUGUGGAAUGCUCUCAUAGAAUCAUAGAAUCAUAGAGUUGGAAGAGACCACAAGGGCCAUCGAGUCCGACCCCCUGCCAAGCAGGAAACACCAUCAGAGCACUCCUGACAUAUGGUUGUCAAGCCUCUGCUUAAAGACCGCCAAAGAAGGAGACUCCACCACACUCCUUGGCAGCAAAUUCCACUGUCGAACAGCUCUUACUGUCAGGAAGUUCUUCCUAAUGUUUAGGUGGAAUCUUCUUUCUUGUAGUUUGGAUCCAUUGCUCUGUGUCCGCUUCUCUGGAGCAGCAGAAAACAACCUUUCUCCCUCCUCUAUGUGACAUCCUUUUAUAUAUUUGAACAUGGCUAUCAUAUCACCCCUUAACCUCCUCUUCUCCAGGCUAAACAUGCCCAGCUCCCUUAGCCGUUCCUCAUAAGGCAUCGUUUCCAGGCCUUUGACCAUUUUGGUUGCCCUCCUCUGGACACGUUCCAGUUUGUCAGUGUCCUUCUUGAACUGUGGUGCCCAGAACUGGACACAGUACUCCAGGUGAGGUCUGACCAGAGCAGAAUACAGUGGCACUAUUACUUCCCUUGAUCUAGAUGCUAUACUCCUAUUGAUGCAGCCCCGAAUUGCAUUGGCUUUUUUAGCUGCCGCAUCACACUGUUGGCUCAUGUCAAGUUUGUGGUCAACCAAGACUCCUAGAUCCUUUUCACAUGUACUGCUCUCAAGCCAGGUGUCCCCCAUCUUGUAUUUGUGCCUCUCAUUUUUUUGCCCAAGUGCAAUACUUUACAUUUCUCCCUGUUAAAAUUCAUCUUGUUUGUUUUGGCCCAGUUCUCUAAUCCGUCAAGGUCGUUUUGAAGUGUGAUCCUGUCCUCGUGGGUGUUUUCCUACACUCUCUGUUUGGUGUCAUCUGCAAAUUUGAUCAGGAUGCCCUUGAGUCCAUCAUCCAAGUCGUUGAUAAAGAUGUUGAAUAAGACCGGGCCCAAGACAGAACCCUGUGGCACCCCACUAGUCACUCUUCUCCAGGAUGAAGAGGAACCAUUGAUGAGACCCUUUGGGUUCGGUCAGUCAGCCAGUUACAAAUCCACUGAGUGGUAGCAUAGUCAAGACCGCAUUUUACCAGCUUCUUUACAAGAAUAUCAUGGGGCACCUUGUCAAAUGCCUUGCUGAAAUCAAGGUAGGCUACAUCCACUGCGUUCCUUCAUCUACCAGGCUUGUAAUUCUGUCAAAAACGAGAUCAGGUUAGUCUGACAGGACUUAUUUUUCAGAAAUCCAUGCUGACUAUUGGUGAUCACAGCAUUCCUUUCUAGGUGCUCACAGACUGUUUGCUUAAUGAUCUGCUCCAGAAUCUUCCCUGGUAUUGAUGUAAGACUGACUGGGCGGUAAUUAUUUGGGUCCUCUCUUUUCCCCUUUUUGAAAAUAGGGACAACAUUUGCCCUCCUCCAGUCUGCCGGGACUUCGCCUGUUCUCCAGGAAUUCUCAAAGAUGACUGCCAGUGGUUCUGAGAUCACAUCUGCCAGUUCUUUUAAUACUCUUGGAUGCAGUUCAUCUGGCCCUGGAGACUUGAAUACAUCUAAACUAGCCAAGUAUUCUUGUACUAUCUCCUUAGUUAUUCUGGGCUGUGUUUCCUUUGCUGAAUCAUUUGCUCCAAAUUCUUCAGGUCGGGCAUUGUUUUCUUUAUCGGAGAAGACUGAGGCAAAGAAGGCAUUGAGGAGUUCAGCUCUUUCUGUGUCCCCUGUUUGCAUUUCACCAUCUUCUCCUCUGAGUGACCCCACUGUUUCUUUGUUCUUCCUUUUGCUACGAACAUAACCAUAAAAGCCUUUUUUUGUUGCUUUUAACCUCUCUAGCAAGCCUGAGUUCAUUCUGUGCUUUAGCUUUUCUGACUUUGUGUCUACACGUGCUGGCUAUUUGUUUGAAUUCCUCUUUGGUGGUUUCCCCCUUUUCCAUUUUUUGUACACAUCCUUUUUUAAUCUUAACUCAGUUAAAAGUUCUUUAGAUAGCCACCCUGGCUUCUUUAGGCACCUUCCAUGUUUCCAUCUCAUUGGUAUUGCCUGACCUUGUGCUUUUACUAGGGAAUCCCCUAUCACCACUACACGCCUCCUCUUAGGUUUGGUCGGGGUUCUUCCGUGAGCUGUCCGUUCCAAGGUCGCCUGCACAUUCCCUGAGGACUGACUUUGCUGCUCGUCUUCAUAUACCUGAUCGACUGUAAUGAGGAGAGAUCCUCAAAUGGAGUCUGCUCUUCGUCUUCCAUUCUAGGGAGAGGACCACAAAGCGCUUGUGUAUUUAUAAAAAAACAGCGCCAACCCAGGGCCUCCUACUUCUUUGAGUCACGUUUCUCCAUAUAUCUGGCUCCUGUGUUGGUGAACUAGCCUCCUUCUCAGGGAGUCCCCUGUCUCCUCCUUGGUGGAGACGGUGUGCUCUGUUGCUUCCAAGAAGAGCUCCAGCUCUCUAAUUCUUUGGAGCGUAGCUACACGUUCCUCCAGUUGCUGGACUUUGUCUUCUAAGAGGGCAAUCAACAUGCAAUUGCUGUAGGUAAAGCUGCCUGCAACCUUUGGCAAGAUGGCAAAUAUUGCGCAGGAACCGUAGGCGACUGCAGCUGUUCCCUCCCCCUCCAUCUUGAGAACGUGUCGUUGGGGGUGGCUACAGCAGUCCUCCAUCAAAAAAAGCGUGAAGACAGGACAAAUAACUCCCCCCACAAAAAAAACCUAGGUCUCCCCCAACAAACGUUUGAGACUAGCUCCCCUAAAUCUAAAGGAUGGAUCAAACUGCGCGCACCGCUGCUUGCAAGCUCUGAUAAGCUCCUCCCACAGCUAAUCACCUGCCUCAACAGAAAUCCUGCCCCCUCUGACCUUUGCACAGGGAGAGCAGCUAAUCAGCCACAAAGAAACACACACACACAAGAAAACCCUUUUUGCUCCUUCUUCAACUGCUGCCCUGCAAGCUCUCCUCAGGGAGGUUCGCCUGACACCUUCAUUAUACACCUUUAGGUACCAGGCAAAGAUGUUCCUCUUUAACCAAGCCUUUGGUUGAUUGACAUUCCCUUUUAAAAGGUGUUGGGGCGUUACUGGGUUGUUCUUGUUUUUAUUUUGAUUAUGUAUUUUGUGUUUUCAUAUUAUGAUUUUAUCCUGUGAACCGCUCUGAGAACUACAGGUAUAGGGUGGUAUAUAAAUUUAAUAAAUAGUAGUAGUAGUAGUACAAGUAGAUAAAUAGGUACCGCUCCGGCGGGAAGGUAAACGGCGUUUCCGUGCGCUGCUCUGGUUCGCCAGAAGCGGCUUAGUCAUGCUGGCCACAUGACCCGGAAGCUGUACGCCGGCUCCCUCGGCCAGUAAAGCGAGAUGAACGCUGCAACCCCAGAGUCGUUUGCGACUGGACCUAAUGGUCAGGGGUCCCUUUACCUUUAGUAGUAGUAAUAAUAAUAUUCUAAAUAAAUAAUUGGCGAUCUCCUCUGCACAGGUAAAAUAUAGUACUUUUUCACACAACACAUCAUUAACUGAUACUGUUUUGUUACUGUAAGAUGUUGUAAUAGCCACUGGCUUAGAUAUUGGAAGAGAAGUUUGUCAAAGUAGGGCAGAGAAAUAAGCAGGAUGCUUCAAUACCAUCAAAUGAAAUAAUUUUCUCUGCUGAUGAAUUGAAGAACAAAUAGCUGAUGCCCAAGAUGUAAAUUAUGGAAGUUAUGAAUUGACAUUAGUGAAAUCAAGUACACAUUCCACUUCUAAUAAAAAGUCAGAGUGUAACACAUUAUAAAAGAGCAUCAGGUAGGGGAUUGGCCUGCAUGCCACAACUGCCACUGCUGGCUUGAUUACUGAAGAGGACAAGAGGCUUGUAGUUGGAUCACAUAAAGUCAAGAGGGCCUAAGAAACAGUUAUGAAAGCCCUGGAUUAUCUGUGUCAGAAGGAUGAAAUGGACUGCAUCUUCAUAAUAGCCAUAAAUAUACAAAUAAAGUUACACUAAAACCAGACAGUUCAGAUCAGCAGUUCCCCAGCAUCAUCGUAAAACAGUAUUAUUUCAUAGAAUCAUAGAGUUGGAAGAGACCACAAGGGCCAUCGAGUCCAACCCCCUGCCAAGCAGGAAACACCAUCACAGCACUCCUGACAUAUGGUUGUCAAGCCUCUGCUUAAAGACCGCCAAAGAAGGAGACUCCACCACACUCCUUGGCAGCAAAUUCCACUGUCGAACAGCUCUUACUGUCAGGAAGUUCUUCCUAAUGUUUAGGUGGAAUCUUCUUUCUUGUAGUUUGGAUCCAUUGCUCCGUGUCCGCUUCUCUGGAGCAGCAGAAAACAACAUUUCUCCCUCCUCUAUGUGACAUCCUUUUAUAUAUUUGAACAUGGCUAUCAUAUCACCCCUUAACCUCCUCUUCUCCAGGCUAAACAUGCCCAGCUCCCUUAGCCGUUCCUCAUAAGGCAUCGUUUCCAGGCCUUUGACCAUUUUGGUUGCCCUCCUCUGGACACGUUCCAGUUUGUCAGUGUCCUUCUUGAACUGUGGUGCCCAGAACUGGACACAGUACUCCAGGUGAGGUCUGACCAGAGCAGAAUACAGUGGCACUAUUACUUCCCUUGAUCUAGAUGCUAUACUCCUAUUGAUGAGGCCCAGAAUUGCAUUGGCUUUUUUAGCUGCCGCAUCACACUGUUGGCUCAUGUCAAGUUUGUGGUCAACCAAGACUGCUAGAUCCUUUUCACAUGUACUGCUCAUGUGCAGUGAACCAGGUGGAAGAUAACUCUACCACUACUCUGGAGAAAGGCUCGGGGGGGGAACCAGUUGAAGUUAUUACUCAUAAUCUUGUAGAUUUUGUGAAGAAGGGCACUGAUAAGAGCUUGCAGGCUAUUGGAGGUGAUACUACAGAUGUUAACACUGGCUGUUGGGUAGAGGUCAAGCUUGGUCAUAAGCUGAUCUGGUUGGUUUUUACCGUCCACACCAAUGAGUUACCCCUGCGACAGCUUGAUUACAGCAGUCAAUGGGAAGACCUUGUCUAUCAGCAAGUGGACAGUUAACAUUCAAAAUGCUAGACUCUGCUUCAGAACUUGAAAUUGAUCCUUCAUUCACCAAACUCUCAACUGAAGAGCCUAUUGCUUCACUGAGUGACAGUGUUAUAAAGGAUAUAUCUACUGAUCAAGCACUGUGCAAAUGCUAAGCAUGAUCUGAAUGUUCAUGUUCUGUUGUGCACCCUCUUUUUGGAGUGCUUGUUCUCCUGGGGCGGUUCCACUUGCCUUAGCAAGGCAUAACCAGAAGACAUUCCUUGUGGAUUGUGCCUACGCUACUUAAGCCUGUUUGCUUGCUUGCAUUCAAAUGGCCAUCCUUGAAAAUGGGUCCUUUGUGUUUGUAUCUAAGCCUGCUGCAUGAUGGGAGAUGAGAGAUUAAGCUCGACUCCCCCCAAGGUGGGCCUGGGACGCUGCACAGUGUGGCUUUUCUCCUUGUGUGGAACCCUCUCCUGUGGUGUGUGUGUCUUGCAGCUGACAGAAAUGUGCAGAUUGCAGUCAUGAUGAAGCAAAUCCGUGUCACCAUGGCAGAGUUGGCUGGCAUUGCUGGCAGUUUGUUCCUGCUGGGAAAUCUGCCUUUGUGGGCUCCCUGAUUGAUUUCCUCCUUCCUUGCCCUGAAAGAGCUUUUGCAUCUGGCACCGUGAAUGGCCUGCAGUCUCUGAAAAUACUGCUUGGAAUUCUUGGGUAGUGAACACAGCCUACGCCCUCUUGCUCAAACAAUACCCUGCUCAGAAGAUAACUUUUGUUGGCAGAGCGCUGCAAGCAUUUGGAGCAAAGCUUGCCAGCCGCUCUCGCUCGCCGCCUGCCCUUGUAUCUGAAAGGCAGCGGAGGCCACAUCAGAUGUUACCUCCAGAAAGGGCGCUCACCCUCCUGGCCAAAGUGUCAGUGUGCUCCAUCCUGUAACUGUCUUUGCUCCUUGUUUCAAACAUCCCCAAGGAGGCAUCAAGAGGCUGUUGGUUCUUCCCACAGAAAUUUGACAGCAGCUGCCGCUGGUCAGGGGUAACCAGUGGCAAAUUGAUGGGUGGAAUUGUGCUUCCUUUAAGAGAGGCUAUGAUGAGAAUUCUCUGUGGGGCAGCCUGCCUUUGACACGACACAUUCUUAAUAAAACUAUACUCAUUUUGGUAUAAUCCAGCAUUUAAUGUUGAUCAUUUAAUUCAAACUCUUGAACUGUGUCAGACUACACAAAAAGCAACAAAUUUUAGAGCUUGCUAAGCAGCAUAAGACUAGGUCAGCUAGAUCAGACCAAAGGGGCCUCCCUUGUGCUUGAUCUGAAAGCUGCAGUUAGAGCAUAAUGCGGCUGCAUGACUACUGACAGGAGUGAGACCCCGUCAGCAUAGAACAUCUGUGCUCAGCAGUGGUUGCUGAUUUGCUACCAAGUCCAAUGCAUUUUUAUUAGUAUAUAAAGCUCUCAACAACUUGGAGCCAGUUUACCUGCAAGAUCCCUUGACCCAAUAUGGCCACCUGACAGCUUCAAUCUGAGGAACUGGCAUAAAACCCCUUCCACAUUUGUAGGAAACUGAUCUUUUAGUGUGGCAGCACUCACACCUCAGGCAGGCGUAUUCACUGUAUUCUUUUCAUCACCUGCUAAAAGCAUUUUUGUUUAUUAUUUUAUUAUUUAUUAAAUUUGUAUACUGCCCUUCAGCCAAAGAUCAACAGAAAAAUACAAAAUGAGAAUACAAAAUGCAUUAAAAAACCUGUAACUCCUCUCCCAAGCUUGUCCAGAUAUGUAUAAUGUUGACAUAUGUUUUAAUCUGUUUUUAGUUUAUCUUUGAUUUUAAUUCCUCUGUGAAUGUUUUAAAUGGUAGUUUUUAUUGAUAACUUUAUUGCUUUCUUUUUGUAAACCACUUUGAGGGUUUUCCCCCUUACAAUCAAGUGGCAUACACAUUUUAUGAGAUAAAUAAAUAAAAUAGGUCUCCCUAGCUCAGCCUUUGUUUCUAGUGAGGGCAAGCAGAUGCCUCUGGAGAGCUCACAUCCAGAUCAGGGUGAGGGCAGCAGCUCUUCCUUGAGUUCCAUGUACCACACAUGACUGAUGGUCAUUGAUAGACCGGUCACUCAUUCAUUCAUUGGUUCAAUCUGCUUGUAAAGCAUCUGUUCCAGAGACUAUCAAACAUGUUUUGUGGCAGAAGCUAAUUCCUUCCAAGUGAAAAAGUACAAAUGAGGGGACAUUUAGCUUCUUCCUCCAGUCAUGAUAGAUUGUGCAUAGUUCAUUAAAACUAUGCAUAGUUCCAAUGAGGAUGGAAGAAGGAGCCAGUGCAUUAAGGCAGCCUUUCCCAAGCUGGUCAGCCUUACAGAGUUUACUGUGGCCAGUAGUUGGGGAUGAUGGAAAUCGAAGUCCCAAAAACAUCUGGAGGACCUCAAGGUAGGGAAGGCGGCUUUAAUAAUUUAAAUGGCUAGAUACAGCAUGGUGAGUCUGUAUAUAAUCUUUGCUAAACAGUCAACUUAUCCAUAGCUGAUCUGCAGUGGAAACUUGUAUGCUUUGUAGAUCAAGCUUAUUGCACAACCUAAGUCUUGUUGCUGCCAAAAUCGCAGCUGGUUGUGGUUUCUCUUUGGAAAGUGCAGGCCCAGCAGAGCUGAGGUUGUGAUAUAGUCUUGAGCCAUGGCACAAGCAUGAGCUUGACUUUCUCUCUCAGGUAGUUGAUUAUAGCACCUGUCUGAAACGCUUCUUGGGUGCCUUGACUCAGAAGACUGCUUCUGGCACUGGACUGCAUGCGGCAGAAACACCAUCAGGAAUGCAAAUGCCUUCCUUUCUUAAUAGAAGUGUUGGGAAUCUGCAGAAUGGAUAUGUUGAUAAUUAGUUCACCAUAUCUUUGCUGAAUGGGUGGCAUCUCUGUGAAUGACAAUGCAAAAUCAGCAGCAAGCUUGGGAUCCCACAGCAGUUUCUUUGGCAAGCUUAAAGGUGUCACAGCCAAAUGUGAGCUCUGGCAAUUCAAUCCUGGUGUCUUAAUUUCCUCUUGCAAUUCCCAUUAGAUGUGGCCUUCCUUGCUUCCUGCUUCCCAGCUAUUAGGGAGCUACUUCAUGCGUCCUGGACUGGUAGCUUCUCUCCAAAGAAAGUGGAGAGGAAGGUGUUUCUAGAAAAAAUGGACAGACUUUAAGAAAGAGAGCCAGUGACACAGCUUCAGGAUUUCUGACAAGACCAAGGCACAAGUUGUCCAGUUCUUUAGCCCCUCUCUACAAGUUAGGCUGCCUUAAUGGGCACAGUCCUGUAAGUUGCCACCAUAUUUAAGCUCUUUGCCUUGCAUGUGUUUAAUUUGUGAAUUUUCAGCUGGCUGGCUGCCAAGUGUGUAAAGCUGUGAUUACACGAGUUAAAUGUGUGCAAGUUGUGAGUUGAAGGGCUCUUGCCAAGAUGGUGGAUAAAAAUGGUUUUCUGUUGCUCCAGAAGGUAAAACAAGAAAAAGGAUUUAGGUCAGGCAUAGGCAAACUCGGCCCUCCAGAUGUUUUGGGACUACAACUCCCAUCAUCCCUAGCUAACAGGACCAGUAAUCAGGGGUGAUGGGAAUUGUAGUCUCAAAACAUCUGGAGGGCCAAGUUUGCCUAUCCCUGAUUUAGGUUAAACUUAUUUAUUUAAUUUCUUUAACACAUUAGUCACCUUUUUUGCCAAUGUACCCCAAAGCAAGUUACAGCAAUCUAGUCAUCCAUCAAUAAAACCACCAUAAAACAUAGAACAAAUCAAAAGUACAUUCUUAUUUUUAAAAUGCAGGAUUAAAAUACCCCACCCACUAAAGGAGCCCACAGAUAAUCAAAAUCCAAAAACUUUGUUUCUGCCUUGUGCCUAAAGAUGAGGAGAGCAUUUUUCCACAGGCAAGGAGCCACCAGUGAAAAGGCCCACUCUUGUGUUGCCACCCUCUGGAGCCCCUGUGGAGGGGGGCCCACAGAGAAGGGCCUCCAGUGAUGAUCACAGGGUCUGGGUCAGAUUAUAGGUUCAACGUCCUGCUUGACGGUGGAGCAGACUGUGUUGGAAGGGGAUGAACCCUCCUUGGUUAGAGAUUUCUAAGCAGAGGCUGGAUUGUCUCCUCUUUUCAAGGAUCCUAUAGCAUUAGCAGGAGGAGGUUGGACCUUUGAGACUCUAUCCAGCUGUACAAUUCUAAACUGACUCUCCUUCCUUGGAGGUUUUUAAGCAGGGGUUGAAUGACCACCUGCCAUGGAUGUUUUAGCUGAGAUUCCUGCAUUGUAGGGGGUUGGAUUAGAUGACCCUUGGGGUCCCUUCCAACUCUGCAAUUCUAUGAUUCUAUAAAAUUGACAUAACAAGGCUGUUGUUUUCCAUACAAAAGCCUAAUUGUUUGCUUAAAAACAGCCUUAUGUUCACCUAUUUGCUACUGAAAUGGUGCCCAGCAAGGAAGUAUGCGAGGUGAAAUCUUAACAUAAUGAGGCUGUUUCACUCUAUAUGCAGUGCAGAACUGGGGUUUGGGGGGGGGGAUUUUACUUACUCAUCUGUCAGUGUGACACUUCUUAAUCUACUGAGGUUCAAAUGAAUUUGGAGUUCUUUUGGAGCCCGGCUGUUGGACUGUACUUUUCUUCUGAUAACAAGAGGUGCUGCUGCUGUUUUACAGAGCCUGAAAAGAAGAAAAGUCUGUAGGAGCUUAAUGAUUUGAUGAGCUUCAGCUGGUUUUCUCCCCCCUCCGUUGCCCUUUCUUUUGAAAGGCCCUCUUUCAUCAGGAUAUGUUAGGGCAAGUGCUUUCUGAGCCAGGAUAUGGUGGGGGGAGCACAGUGUUCCGUAAAAGGCACCCCUUCCUGGGUAGCGUCAACAGACUUGGAGAGUCUUCUCUCCUUCACUCAACAGUUGGUGGCCGUUUUCUCCUCUUCUCUUUUGUCUUGCCAAAAAAAUAAUAAAAUUGAGUAGCGAGAGGAUGUUGGUUAUGAACCUUUCAGAUUUUGCUGACUUCUGCCUGUCUUUUCGACCAGUGCAAUGCUUCUGCUGCUCAAGGAAACCCCGUCCAAAAUAGUAUGUAUGGAACGUUAACCCCCCCCCCCCAUUCCCCUCUAUGGCUUUGCUUACUUGAGGGUUCUAGGUUCUGUUUAGGUUUCUUCUCCUUAAGUGAAAUCUUCUGUGUCGUUGUGUUUAUUUCAGAUCUGAUGUUUUGGUAACAAAAAGCAAAGAUGUAAGGUUUCUUUUUGUGUGUUGUUUGCAAAAUUGCUAACAUAUAAUUGCUAACAUUUGCAUUUUAAGGGAGCUGUAUAGAAGCAAGCCUGAUUUAAGUUGGUUGGGGGUUCAUCAUUGCUUAUGCUGUCUUGGGGCAACAGCCAGAGAAUUACUUUGCAGGCAACUAGUGUGAGCGGAAUGUGGUUUGUGUGUGUGUUUGGGAUGGGUGCUCAACACAGAUGCUCGUGUGGUCCUUGAAAAGAUGUUCAUUUCCUCCUAAAAACAGUCAUUGCAAUACAGAUUUGCUGGAUUGCCCGAUAUUGCCAUAUUUGAGGGCAACUUUGAUGAUGUUUAUGUCUGUGGCAGUGAAAAUGCUAUGUCAUUUGCUUGUGAGACAGCUGCUGAAAUCCGGGAAGCACGCCUAUUUUAUUUUACAUUUUUCGCUAUCAACAAGCUUUUUGAAACAUCUUGAGCGCCUUUGCUUUGUCCAGUGGUGACCGCAUGGCCGCAGAAUCAAGGCAUCGUCUGUGGACUUCGCUUUCAUUAGGCCUAGCUGUAGAAUGAUCUCAUCAAUUCUUGAUAAAGCUGCUUGGAGUUUGCGGGCAGUUGGCAAUUUCUCUCUCCUCUUUAUCAUAAACAGGAAUUGUGUAUUGCUGAGCUUAGAAUGGCAGGAAAUGUUAGGAGAGAUUGUCUGUUGGGAUUUGUGGCUAAUGGCAGAGAGCACUCUUCAUCGCUUGGCUUUUCUGACUUCAGACUUUUUUUUAUUUAAAAAACUGCCAUUGUGCACCAACAUAUCUCCUUAUGUGCUGUCCAAUUGUUUUCCACAUUUUUUUUUCAUUGUUGGCCUGUCAAUGAGCUCAUAUUGGUGGGAGGUUGUUAGUUUCUGAGGCUGAUCUUGAAGAAUGAAUUAUAAAUUUGGGGUGGGGGGGGAACCUAAGUUCUUCCGGAAUAAAAAAGAUUGUGUGCUUAAUUUUAUUUUUAUUUUUAUUGUGUUGCAAGUGUUGUGUCUGCUGAAAAGCCCUCUUUUCUCAUAAAUCCCAGCUGUUUCCAUUGAGGCUUCAUUAGGGAAAUUCCCAGUCAAUUAGAAAUCUGUUUUUUUAAGCGGGAAGGAGUUGAAUGUCCCUUGUAUAUUUGAAGGACCCCAGUUCAGUUCCUGGCAUUUCCAACUUAAAAGAUCUCAAAGUUGGGUAAACCCUUGUCAGAAUAACACAUUAGAACAGGGUUUCCCAAACUUGUGUCUCCAGCUGUUUUUGAACUACAAUUCCCAUAAUCUCUGGUCUUGCCAGCUGCGGAUGUCCAAAAACAGUUGGAGGCCCAAGUUUGGGAAAUCCUGAAUUAGAGGAACCUUCCCCAAAGCAGCUGGAGGUGUUUCAGAAAGGCUGCACUAGAGAGCUGCAACUAAGCACAGCAAGCCAGUCUAGGUUAGGCAGACCUCCCUUUUUUCUUGAGAUAGGACCAUUCUUUUACAGCCUUUUAAAAUGCAGAAUCUCUCACACAUUUGCAGUUUUGGCCAGCCAAGUCUGGCGAAAUGAAUGAGAAAUGCACAACAGAACCAGCCUGCCCUUGCCGGCGUCCCAGUUUCUCUCAGUCACAAAGUUUGGGUUCUCCAAGCUUUAUUUUGUUCUUCCCUUUCAUCCCAUAAUUUUUUUCAAAACGUGCAGUUGGAAGAUGGCAUGAAAAGGGGGUGGUAGUUUCCUCUCUAAAUCCCAAAGAAUCAUCUGCAGUUGAAGUUUUUAAAGAGCAGCUUGAAACUGCAUGCUAAGAAACAGAUACAGUGGUACCUCAGGUUAAGUACUUAAUUCAUUCCAGAGGUCCAUACUUAACCUGAAACUGUUCUUAACCUGAAGCACCACUUUAGCUAAUGGGGCCUCCUGCUGCCGCGCCGCCGGAGCACGAUUUCUGGUUCUUAGCGUGAAGCAAAGUGCUUAACCUGAAGCACUAUUUCUGGGUUAGUGGAGUUUGUAACCUGAAGCGUAUGUGACCUGAGGUACCACUGUACAUUAAAAGUUCAUACAGACAACUGUUCUCACAACCUGGAUUUUUAUAACCAAGUGUUGUUGAGUCACUGAAUUGGAGGGUCACAUCCUCCCCUACAAAAACAGCUCCUGGAGCAGCCAAACGUGAAACCCAGUUGGAAAGUUACAUAGAAGGCCAGCACCUGCAGCCCUGCUGCCUUUAAAGUCCUCUGCCCGCAGCAAAGCAUCACCAGCCCAUUAGGACAGCCAGCCGUUUAAAGCCUGGGACUUUGCUGCUGACUCUCUGGUCUAACAAGGGCUCAAGUGUUUUGAAGAACACAAGGCACAAUCCUUUCGUCAUGGUGAUUGUCUUGAGAUUUCCAGGAACACUGGAAGCGCAUGACACUCACUUUUUCCUCAAGGGGAGAGGAACUUUUUUGAGGGAAACAGAUAAAAAUAUUUCCAAUGUUUACUUGACUAUUAGUAUGUCAUUUACUUGCUUUGUAGCCUUUGACUUGAGAAAUGAAUAUAUGAAAUAAAUGUACCUUCAGCUUGUUACAUAAGUUAUAGAAAGAAAAUGGGAAAAUGAAAUCAUCUUGGUUUAUUCUCUCCCCAAGUAUCCCCAAACAGGGCACAAAUGAAAUAAUUAUGCCAUAUUUCUAAUGCAAGAAUUGGAAUGGGCCUUUAUUGUGAAGUCUGUAAAUGAUUUUCAUUUCAAUUCUGACAGUGUUUUACAAACCAGUGGGAUUGGAGUGUUGGGACUGCCCCCCAGGCCAGUUUAUGUGGAGAACACGUGUGUUGCAUGGAUUUCACCCUUGCUAGCAUUACUGAGAUAAUCCAGACUUGCUAUUUACCCUCAUAGCCCUCCCUGUUGCACCCCCCUCCCCGAGCCUGAUCUCCUGCAUCUGUUUGUCUUCCAGCUUGAGUGAGAGUUUUUUUAUGGUGAAAGGUGCUGCACUAUUCCUCCAGCAAGGAAACAGCCCUCAAGGUCCACGGAGUCUUACUCACCUUCACAAACAUGCUGGUAAGCUUUGUCACAGCAAAAUGUUUUUUUCUUGGGCAGUCCUCAUGACUUGGGCAUGAUAACCUAGGAAAAAUAAACGUGGGGGGGGGGGAUGCUAACUUAAGGCAGUGGUUUUCUGUAGACUUAUAUGUUAAAAAUGUUUCUCUCUGGGAGCCAGGGAAGGAGUGCUGGGUCCUGUUAGGGGCAAACAGCCUGUAGGACAGGGCACCACAUGGUCGGUCCUGUGUGGCUGGGAGCUGAGACUUGUAUUUCUCCAGAUGUCAGCAGUUUCACAGAUCCCACAGUGUAUCUUACUGAGCUUGCACCAUCAAAUCGUUAAGCUGGGACUUGUAUUCUUGGCUAUAUGCAUCCAUUUGCCUUCCUCAUACACACUAAAAGACCUCGUCUGACUCUCAGUGCAAAAUGCAAAAUGGACCAUGAUGCAAAUCUUAGGUCUGAGUUACAAGAUUAUGGUGUGAGUAAUCAUGCUUUGGGCCUGCCAAAGGGUCCAGAGACUAUUCUGGGUGACGUAUCUUGUUUGUUUCACUUGGAAGCAGGGAAACCAGCAACUGACCUGAGGCCAAACUAUUGGAACAGCUGGGUCAUUUAGCCACCUAGAGUGAGCAGCAUUUGGUAGCAAGUGAAUUGUGGUUAGAGAGUAGACUUUACCUGUUGUAAUCACGCGCUGAGAUACGCUUGUAGAGUAAGAAAAUAACAAAAGUUGUUUAUUAUAGGAAGUAAAUAACUUGCAGAGGAAGUUAUUUCUAUUUCUAUUUCUUCCUAGUUCUAACCUAACGUGCUAUUCUGGAAAUGACAAAGGGAAUCAUGCUUGCUGCUUUUCUCUCAGAGUAUAGUUCCAAGGUGACUCCUCAGCUUGAGGUCUGAGAGAGAAGUGUCAGGAGCAGGAGGAAGGUGUAAAGCAGGAUGCAUCCUAUCAGUCUAAAGUUAAACAACAAGGAGGUAAAGAAGUAAGCCAAUAGGUUAAAGCAGUGGUUUUCGGCCCGUUUGCCAUGGCACCCUGGGGUGCCUCGAAUGAUGAUUUAUUUCCUUGACAUCUGAUGGGAGGGCGUUCCACAGCGCAGGUACUACUACCGAAAAGGCUCUCUGCUUGGUUCCCUGUAACUUAGCUUCUCACAGUGAGGGAACCACCAGAAGGCCCUGGUUUCCUUGUGGGGAAAGACCAGGACAGUUAAAAGCAAUUCUUUUCAUGGAAAAUCAAAUACUCUUGUGACAAGAGCUGCCAGAGGUUUGGGGUUUCUUCCAUUCCCCUGAGCCAGUAGUUUUCAACCCGUGUGCCAUGGCACCCUGGCGUGCCUUGAAUGAUGGCCAGGGGUGCCGCAGGCAACACUGGUCUCCGUCCCCCUUUCCUUCCCUCUCUCCUCUGAUGCCCUCUUGCAUCUCUGCCUCCCAAAGGCUUGCACAGCUGUUUGUUGCACCAGCCCUAGCUACAAGCUCCAUGGGCAAAAGGUGCCUCUGGGGCUGGCCAGGGGGUGCUGGUUGUCAGGAGUUGAGGCGGCCUCUGAGUAAGCAAGCAAGCGGGCCAGGGAGCCUAGCCAGGCAGUCCGCCAGCUGUUGGGAAUGGACAGACAGGUCCCAGGCCCCUGUGGGGCAGUGUGAGGAGGCCCCUCUCUUUGGGGCGGGGGGGGCAGCUCAGAGACCAGGGGUCUCUUAAGGAGAGGAGAGGAAUACUCCACAAAGGAGGGUGUUCCCAAAAGCGUGAGAGGCUGCCAGCUCUGGAGGAAGGGGUUACAUAACUGGGCUCCUGAGCCCCACAGGGGUGCCACCGAAACAAUGUAGUUGGUAAAGGGAGCUGUGGACUCAAAAAGCUUGGAAACCUCUGGGUUAAAGGUACAGGGAUAGUCUGGGAAUGUGGAGGUCCCUCACUUUUCCUGUCUUUACUCCAUGAAAACCACUCUUCUGCAAGUUGAGUUGUACCCAAAUGUCCAACACAAACCAACUCAGUGGUGGAACAGGGCAAGCAUCCACCAUGGAAAAGGAUUCAGGCAGUUGGGCUGGAAAAACGCCCCUUGGAGAGCAGCCGCUUCUCAGAGCAGUUGACGUGGUGUACAGUUGACCAAAGCUAAACAGAGCAGUGGUUUGCAGGGGCGGAUCUAAUAUGAAGCUAACAAAGCUAUGUUCUGCCAUCUCUUAAACUCUCUGAGGCAGACUGGGGAAGUCUAAAGGAACAGGAAGCAAAACCAACGUAGUUUUAUGCAUACCAUUCUUGAACCAUGUGGACUUGACGUAGAAUAUCACACAGUUCAAAGCAUCAGGUUAAUCCAUAUCUACUUGUGGAUCUGCAGGUGAUUUGCCCCAACAUCUUCAGGUGAUGAUCAACCUCCUUCGCUGUGAGGACAGGAUCAAAUUGGUAAGAGGCCUUGCUCAUUCCGCAACCCCCAUGUGUCUGGACCACAAUCUCUGUGCGGUGCUUGAUAAAGGACUCGUGAGAGAGUAUGGCAGAUCUGCAGAUGGUGCUUAAAAUUUAGGAUGGUGAAGGCACCAUUUGAAGAAGAGCAGCCCUUGGAAUCAUUUUACUGGCACAGUAAUCCAGCUUGAGCCACAAGCCAGCUCAAAGAUGAGUUCAGUUUCUCCCACUGAAAUCCAAGCCUUGUUUGAAUUGUGCUUUGAGCAUCUGCACUGGCCUCCUACUGUCUCUUGGGCUGCUUCCUAAAAGGCCCCAAGGAGCCUAUUUCAGAGCAGGAGUGGGGAAGGUGUAGCCCUCCAGCCCCAGCCAGUAUGGCCAGUGGUUAGGAAUGAUGGGAGUUGUAGUCCAGCAGCAGUCGGCGGGCCACCACAGGUCUUCCACUGCUCCUUUAGAGAACAUUUCCUCACUUCGUUAACAGAGCAGGGCAAAAGUGUCAACCGCUUGGUGGGGUGCAAAUCCAUUUAAGUCACCCUCCCUUUUAUCUCCUCAGAAACAUACUUAGGUAAGCCAAUACAGAGCUUGUGAAAAAUCUGAGACAUUAACUUGAAGAGGAACACCUGUAACUUUAAUAGAACAGAAUAUGGGCUCUCAGAGGCUGGUGUGAAGGAAGUGGUCACUGAGAACUGUCUUGCUGGUUUUUAGGCUGUUCGUCUGGAAAGUGUCUGGACAGACCGGGUGAGGUACAUGGUGGUUGUCUAUAGCACCGGACGCCAAGACACGGAGGAGAAUAUCCUGCUGGGAGUAGACUUUUCAAGCAAGGAGAGGUGAGUGCAGGUUUGAAAAAAAAUGCCACCAGCCUGUUGUUUUCUGUGGGGGUCAGCGAUCAUCCAAAAGAAUUGCAGUAGAAGCCACACACGUAAACAUAGUCUUAUUUUAAUGCAAAGGCUUAGGGUGUCAAAGACACUUGAGUUGACAAUAAAAUAUAAAAGAUGUUCAGGUGUCAUGUGUAGGGGCAAACUCUGGAUACCUACUCCCACCCACAGCAAGAACACUCACCAGAAAUCUGUGGCUGUUUGCUAAGGUGUCCUUCUCUAGAACACCAGCCCGGGAUGUUUGUGUGGGAAUUGAAAGGCAUCUUGAAGAUGUUAAACAAUUGUGAGAGGCCCGGAGUUUUGGACUUGAACCAGAGCCCCUAGUCUGCCAGCCAGUCACUUUUCUCUGCUUAACCUGCUUCACAAGGGAAAAUAAAAUGGAGGCAUUGUGGCAGGAGAGAGGACCAUAUAUGCCACCCCGAGAGAAUAAAAAUGUAAUUAACAAAUGCAUGAAAUCUGGCCGUUGUUUUGUUGAGGUCCACAUGUGUUUGAAGCCUGUCAAACAUUGUCAUUUCUCUUUCUUGGUAGCAAAAGCUGCACCAUCGGGAUGGUUCUGCGUCUGUGGAGUGACACCAAGAUCCAUCUAGAUGGUGAUGGGUAAGAAACAAGAGCAUUUUGGCGGCUGGCAAAACGAAGGCGAUGUUAAGCAGAGCAGGUCUGCUGGGAAAGGCCACUUCAUUAAACUCCGAGUUGUUUGUAUAGAUAUAUUUUAGCUACUGUUAAGGGUGUGUCUUUUUGGAACACGACCAAACCCUCAACUUCUUAUUGAAUAUUGAAGCUCUAUAGUUAGCAAUACAACAUUAUAUAAACUUUAUGAGAGCUUUGGUUAUAAAGCAGUUUAAGAAUGAAUAGUAUUACUAACAGCAACUUGUGAUGCAUAGCCCUAAGAGUGUGAAUGAUUUCUUCUUCAUAAUAGUAAUAACCGCAGCGACAAUAGCUUGUGAUGCAUGGCCUCAGGAGCAUAGAGUGAUUUCUUCUCUCUGUUGGUCUCCUUGCUAGUGGGUUCAGCGUCAGCACUGCAGGAAGGAUGCAUAUCUUCAAGCCCGUUUCAGUUCAAGCAAUGUGGUGAGUAACCUUUUUCUUUUUCUUCAGCAGUUCACUCUUCUCAUUCCCUUCUAGACAACAAAAUGUAGCCUUUCACCUGCACUCCAGAGUGCCCCUGCCUGGCGAACAAUCCCUGCCUUCCACCCCCCAGAACAACUCAAUCACUGAAUUGCUGCAGUUGCUGGAGGGGGAGGGGAGUCCUAGAAGGCUAGGCCAACUCUUGACCAUAAAUUAUGAUAUAACUUAGCUCCUCUCUCUUUAGAAAAAGCACCAGAGGGAAACUAGAUGGUUGAGAUGAAUAAAUUGGAGCAAUUCUUCCUUGUCCAUCAAAUCUGCCAGGCUGCAAACCCACCCUUACAUUUUAGGUUUCUAAAGACAGGCUUUAGAAUUUCUGUCCCAUGGGAGAGUCUCAACACUCUUGGUGUCUUGCUGAAUCAGAGCAUGAAGUUGGACUGGUAAAUUAUUUAGGAAGGCUAAUAAUGUGAGGAACAGGAGUACCCAGCAUGAAGAAAAAGGUAUAUAAAUUGUGCAGAAGCUUGGGUAGAACCCCAAGAAAUGAAAUCCAUCCUUAAAACCUUUUCAUAGAACUUCGCAGCUUCAACUUUCCCUAGAACCCUCUCCUUCACUCAGUCUUUUACAAAGCCUUAGUAGGAUACAACCUAGGGCAGAGGAGGGAUCUCAAGUUAUACCAACCCUAAUGAUGAAGAACGUAGGAAGCCCACUUUCUCAGGUCUGCGUAGCCCAGCAUUGCCUCUUCUGGCUGGCAGUGGCUCUCCUGGGUCUCAGGCAAAGAAGAGUCUUCCACAGCCCUUCCUGGAAAGUCCAGAGAUUGAACCCAGCUCCUUCUGCCUGCAAGGGAGGCCCUUUCUAGCUUCUGUGCCUCCCCAUCUCUUCUUUUCACCUCUGCUCAUGCAUGUGUCCCUGGCUGCUUGCUAAUGUAUAAUUGCCAUGGGGGAGCAGAAGCCGUGAUCUAUGAUGACUUGAGAACAGUUUUCACACUUUCAGGUUAUUGAGUGAUAACUGCAGCUGUCCUGUGAACGACUUGCUGUUUGACCCCACAUGUUAAUAUCCUACACCCAGUCAAGUGUUUUGCCUGAGGCCAAGUGGAACAGAGCCAUCUUUAGCCAUCUGUUAUCUUGUCACCUAACAAGCUUCCCCGUGCUCACAGGGGACUUUUGCACAUUGGCUUACUUUCUGUUGUGCUUCCAGUUCAGCUCAGCGUGGCCUGUGCCUGUAUUGCUCACAUGCAAAAAGAGUGCCCAGAGGAGGCCUGGAGAGGGCACCCUCCCCCUUAGAAUAUUAAGGGCUGGCACAGGCGUGGGCCCAGCCACCAGUGGAUUAUGGUCUUGCCCUGCACUUAAUCGCUUUUGCAUGUUACCAAGGCCCAGUUUAUAGACACAAACUAUGUGGUGGUCCUGCUUGAAAUGCCGGGGUGUGGAAACUGCUCUGUGGUGAAAGACUGGUGGGAAGGGCCUCCUGAAAUUUCAACCCCACCCGUGCAAACAGCAGGGGGUGGGGCCAGGCAUGGCAGCCAUGUGGAUGGUGUUUCUGGGAAGCAUCCUUCCUGCCCCCUGAUGAAGGCACAUGAAGCAGUAGUUCUUGCACAGGGAUCCCCAUGAACGCCUCCUUGGGUUCCAUGGUGCUACAGAGGAGAGAAAUGUAAUCAACAAAUAACUCACUGUUCCUGCUACUUGGCCUCUGUCGUCCUGUGCCAGUGACAGGGAUGGCGCAACUCCUGUACCUUUAUGAGAUGGGAGAAAAUUCAAAGUGUGAAACUUCUUCCAUAAUUACACCCCACCUCUGGGAAAGCAUCACCUAAUACUCUGCUUCAGGUGCCUUAAACUGUUCAUCUUGCAUCUUAAUUCAGUAAAACCAGUUAGCAUGGAUUCUGAUUUCAAACCCAUCUUUUUUUUUGUUUCUUUUCGUUUUUGGUAUUCUAGUUGUAUUUAUCAUAUGCUUGUAAACUGCAUUGAGACUUAUGUGAAGGUAAUUAGAGGAUUUGACAAAUUCAUGGAGGAGAUUAAGGAUAUCAUUGGCUGUUAGCCAGGAUUGCUAUGCUCUGCGCACCACAGCUGGAGGCAGUAAAUGCUUCUGAAUAUUAGUUGCUGGAAACUGCAGGAAGAAAGAGUGCUGUUGUGCUUGGGUCCUCCUUGUGGGUUUCCAUGGGAAUCUGGCUGGCCACUGUGAGAACAGGGUGCUGGACUAGUUGGGCUCCCUUUUGUCUGAUCCGGCAGGCUCUUUUAUGUUCUUAAUUUAUAAAUUCAGCAGCUCAACCAUAGUGAAACUUUGUCGCUGUUAAUGUUUGUUCCUCUGCAGAUUAUUUUAUCGGUCCCUCUGCCUCCCCCUAUUCCUGUGUCCUUGGCCCUUGGGCAAUUUUUUCCUCUCUGGGUUUCCAUGCUUGCAGGUCUGCUUUGCAGAUCCUCCACAAGGCUUGUGAGGUGGCUCGGAGGCACAAUUACUUCCCUGGCGGGAUGGCGCUCGUCUGGGCCACGUACUACGAGAGCUGCAUCGCCUCCGAGCAAAGCUGCAUCAAUGAGUGGAACGCCAUGCAGGACUUGGAGUCCACACGCCCCGACUCGCCAGCUCUAUAUGUGGACACGUGAGUCCUCCCCUUUGGGUUUUGGUCUGAGGUGUUCUGACUAGAGAAAUCCCACAAAUAGAAGGGUUCUUAUAUUCAUCGGGGAGAGGAUAUCAGUUACUGUUAGCCCCGUGAGCUAUGCUCUGCCUUCACAGUCAGAAUACCAGUUUCUCGAAGCCACAGAAGGGGAGAGGGCUCUUGCGCUGAGGUCCUGGUUGCAGGUUUCCCAUAAUGGGCAUCUAGUUGGCCACUGUGAGAAGAGGAGGCUGGACUAGAUGGGCCAUUCGCCUGAUCCAGCGGGCUCUCCUCCUCAGAGUUAAAUGUGAAAACCAAUCCUGGGCAUAAUUUGUGCUUGGUGCUCUACAGUUCUGGGGGAAAUUAUGUGUUCCUUCCCCUCCCCCGCCUCAAAACCAGGAUGGAACCGUGGAAAGCAAGAAGGGGAUAGUAUAUGUAGGAUUUUGAUAGGUACUUGGGUGUAUUUGGGGAAAUACUGGGAUGCAGCUCUGUGGAGGAUCAAGAUGGUGGCCAAAGGGUAUUUUCACUGCUUAGCUACUGAAAGCACUACGCAUCCAGUCUGCUUGAAUCUUCAGUAAACACUGACUUUGUAGCCUGAGUUUAGCUUUUCUUUCACAUGAGCACUAGUAACUUGAUUGCUUUUGCAAUGCAAGCAGAAGUUCCUGGGUUCCCAGGGAACAGCUUUUCAUUGGGAGUCAGGCUCCGUGGUUCGCAGCCCCACAGAUUUCUUUGCUGGGAAACUCCCAUCUCCCUUUCUUGCCUUUCCAGACCAACUGAGAGGGAGCGAGCAGAACGCCACAUCAAGGCCAAACUCCGAAGUAUUAUGAUGAGCAAAGAUCUGGAGAACGUAACCUCUAAAGAAGUAAGCAGAGCCUCCGGUGGCCUGUCCUGGGACUGCCUUGCUUCCUUCGCUGCCUAGCAAACAAAAUCGGAGGCCCUAUAUUGUUGUUGUUGUUACUACUAUUGUUGCAGUGUGAUGCAGUGGUAGGAAUGUCUGACUAGGACCUGGGAGAGACCAGGGUUCAAAUCCCCAUGUAGCCAUGAAGUUCUCUGGCUGACCUUGGUCCAGUCACUUCCUCUCUGUCCAACCUACCUGAGGAGGUGGAGAACCAUGGACACCUCAUUGUGCUUCCCCCCUCCCUUGCAGAUAAUUAUGUUUAGAUAGUUUGAACCUUGAGGAUGACUCUGUGACUUACUCCCCUCCCCAUGGCAUUCUAACCUAGUUGUGUUGGUGAUCCGGUGAGGGGCUUCCCAGGAUCUUGACCUUGGGGGGCCCUCCCUUUGGUAUCAACUGCAAGGUGCCACCUCACUAGUUGAAGGGUGUUCUGCUCCAGUCGCUCUGAGAACAGAUUCUGCCUAGGAGCCUGAAAGUACUUCUCUCUGUGUAGGCCCCAGACUGCUGAUGGGGGUCCUGGCUGACAACCUAUGACACCACAGUUGAGCACUGACUGCCCAUCUACAACAGCUUAAGUCCAGGGUACAUCAGGGAGUGCCUGAACCCUGACAUCCCAGUACGAUCACUGGGAUCAUCUGCAGGAGCAACGUCACUGGUCGUUCCCCAAGGCUCAUUUGACAACAAGAAGAAACUGAGUCUUUGGUGUCAUUGGCCCAGCUGUGGCGAACACUAGAGAUUCAGCCGGCGCUUUUCUUUUCCAUCAGGUCUAUGCAGGCAAUUAAGAAUACUUAUUUCCAUGAUAGCCAGCUGAUUUCUUAUUUAAAUUUUUUAAUAUCUCUUUUAUGGUAUGGUUUUUUGUACAAUAGUUGUAAACUGCUUUUUAUGAACAGCAGUAUAUACCGUAUUUUUCGCCCCAUAGGGCGCACCUAGUUUUUUGGGGGAGGGAAUAAAGAAAAAAAAAUUUAUCUCCCCCCCCCCCAGGCACGGGGCUGCCGUGGGGGAAGCCCGAGCUUCCCCCGACCCCAGCCCCCAGAACAGCCCGCUAUCCACAAGCCUAGGGAGCCGCACCGGUCUCCCCAGGCUUGCGGAGAGCUGCGCGAAGCCCGGGCACACUCUUCAGCGCGCCCCAGGCUUCGGAAUGCAGGCAGCUCUGCGCAACCUUUGGGAGCCCGGCACGGCUUCGCGCCGGGCUCCCUAGGGUCGGUGUGCACCGACCCCUCUCGCUCUCCAGGCUUCAGCAAAAGCCUGCACUCGCCCCAUAGGACGCACACACAUUUCCCCUUCAUUUUUGGAGGGAAAAAGUGCGUCCUAUAGGGCGAAAAAUACGGUAAAUGCUUUUUAAAUAAAUAAGUAAGUGUGGUACAUAAGAAGCUGCUCUUGUCCAUCUAGCCCAGAUUCUCUCCUGAGGCCUCAGGAAGAGAAAGGGCCUUUCUUGACUCAUGGUGCCUGAUCCUCCUAACAGGAGGUGCCAGAGGUUGGACCCGGGGCUUCCUUCACGCUGAGCAGUGACUCCCUUCAUGGCCAGUCCGUGUUCGGGUGGAUUGGCCACCUUCCUCACUCUGCUACUCUCUCGCCCGUGUAGAUACGGAAUGAGCUGGAGAAGCACAUGAGCUGCAACUUGAAGGAGUUCAAAGAGUUCAUUGACAAUGAGAUGCUGCUAAUCCUGGGGCAGAUGGACAAGCCCUCUCUCAUUUUUGACCAUCUGUACCUGGUAAGUUGCCAAGCAGGUGAGCCCAGUCAUUUGAAAGCCUUUGCCACGAACGCCUGUGUGGUGCUGCUUUUGUUGUGUGUCUUGACUCUAGUGUGGUUCUUCCAGGGUUCCGAGUGGAAUGCCUCCAACCUGGAGGAGCUACGGGGCUCUGGGUGAGUACCAUGUUUUCCAGCUCCUCAGUUAGCUGGUAAUCCCUGGUCACUGAGGCUCUUCUUUUGAAACAUCGGGGGGUUUAGGAGGGAGAAUUUCAUCAAGUGCGGGUUCUCCUGUUGUGGUGUGGCAGCACUGGGAGAAACUGCACGUGCUAAAAUUCCUCAUCCUGCACUGCUGAUUUCAGUCCCAGGAGCCUUGUCCUCUGUUGGCGGUUGGCCUAGAUGACCCUUGGAAGCCAUUCCAACUCUGAUUCACAGGGUGGCUAAGCGAGGCUUCUAGAUCUCCAGGGAGAGUUUCAGUGCCCAGCACAGCUCUUUUUCCUAGCCCAUAAUAGAGUACAUUAUGCAAACAAGUAAAAUGGCAGAAUAGCUUAUGUGAAGUAAAGCGAAACUGGCAGAUGUCUGCAUAUGUCAUGAAAGAUGCGGAACUUGAGGUUUUCCUGGUGCAGAAUUUCUGUUGUUACAAACCAGCAAUGGCCUUGUGACAGGGAGAAAGGCUGCUGUUUUCCCUACCCCCACCAUCAUGAUAAAACCACAGUCUCUUAUAAAACUGUUGUUACAACAGUAAACAACAAAUAACUUGCCCUGAUAAAAUUACAGACUUUUGUCAUGCCAUGUAACAAAGUUUCAUUUGAUUACUCUGAAAGAUCACACCACAUUUUCACAUGAGUGUUGGGUGGAUUCCUGCCACAGUCUGAACAAUUUAUGUAUUCAAUAAACAUUUGCCAUAUGUUAUAAAAGGAAUAGUUUGUGUUUGCCCUUUGCUGCUCUGACCUGGCAUGUUAGUCGUUCAGGCAAUGCUAUUGACCAUACCAAGAAUCACUGUUCAGCCCAGUUCCACUUUUCCAGCAUCUGGCUAUCUCCAUAUGGGCAGCAGUCAAUAGAAAGGCCAAGAGGUCAUCAUUUGGGUAAUCUUGAGCGGGUGGGAUUGUAAGUCCAAGUGGUGCCAGUGCAGGAGACAUUUCAGCUGUUUUGCACAAACAUUGUCUUGAUCUGUUCCUAUGUUUGCAGCGUUGACUACAUCUUAAACGUCACAAGGGAGAUUGACAAUUUUUUCCCUGGCUUGUUUGCAUACCACAACAUCAGGGUCUAUGAUGAAGAGACCACCGACCUACUUGCCCACUGGAACGAGGCCUACCAUUUCAUCAACAAAGCCAAGUAAGCUGAUGCACAGAAGGGACACUUUUUCCGCGUGCCGUGUUCUGUCAGCGAUGAGGGAAGCCCUCUUCUGGAUGCUGGGAGAGCCUCACUGUGGAGCGUACAGCCCAGGGCUCUGCCUCCAAACAGAAGGGCAGCUUCACCAGCAAAGUUUACAAGAAAGGCAGGGUGGCAGCAGCAGUCAUGCCCAGGCAGCUCCAUGUCCCUGGUGUCCUGCUGGUGAAAAUAAAGGUUCCCUUGCUAUCUGUUUUCACUGAUGAUACUUAGCGUUCAUAUGGCACAAAGGAACCUUCAAUGGUCUCAGUAAUCCUUCCAACAGCCUUGAAAGGCAGGUCAGCAGUCUUCCUCCUGUGUUGCACCCCGCAGAGCCAGUGUUUUCCUGGGGAGUCCCUCAGCCACUAGGCUGCACCAGCCCAGAGAGAGCCACCAACUGGCCUGUCCCCUAAAUCACUGGUGUUGGUAUCUUGACAAAAACUGUAUAAGCUAACUGUUUGUUUAUUGUAUUUAUAAUCUGCCCUUCUCCUAAAUUGGGAUUCAAGGUGGCUUAUAACAUUUAGAAGUAUCCUUAUAAAAAUACAAAGGAAAACAAACUAGUUAAAAACCAAGUUAUCAGAACACAUUUAGAGCCAGCAGUUGAACUACAGUUUGCCUUGACAGCUGCCCAGCGAUCAGCAUUGUUUGCACCUCAGUUUCCAGAGGCCUUUUUGAGCAGGAAGCUCUCGGCCUGCCAAUGGAAAGAGGGAGCCCAUAUGGCCUCUCAGGAGGGAAUCCUUCAGUAUGGGAGCAGCCACAGAUCAGGUUCUCUCUCAUGUCACCACCAGCCAUGCCUCUGAUGUGGAUGGGGCUAUUUGUUGUGUUCUGCAUAGCGUCUUACGACCCUCUGCUUCAUUCAUCCUCACACUUGCCCUGCAGAGUGUGUUUGCAUUAUCCUUAUAUACAGAUGUGGAGCUGAGUUGGAGAGAGAUGGAUCUGCCUUAACACUCUCCCUCUCCCAACCAGUACGUAAGUGGGCUGGGAUAUGAGUUCAGAGCUCUUACUCACUCACAGAGGCUUCGUGGCCAUUGCUAUUAUGAGCACCUGUGCUGUGCUGCCAGGCAGCCAAAGCUACUAUACCCAUGCCCUAAAUAAAUGCUUGUUUGUUGACAAAUCAAAGAGGUGCUUGGAAUCUUGAUUCACAAAAGCUUUCAAGUGUCCCAGUUUGUGCUGCAGAACCAAGAAUGGUUGUUUCCCCAGCUGCCAAUCUCCCUCCCUCCCUCCCCUCUACAGGAAAAACCGCUCCAAGUGUCUAGUCCAUUGCAAAAUGGGUGUGAGUCGCUCUGCCUCCACCGUCAUCGCGUACGCCAUGAAGGAAUUUGGCUGGCCCCUGGAGAAAGCAUACAACUACGUCAAGCAGAAGCGCAGCAUCGCCAGACCCAAUGCUGGUUUCAUGAGGCAGCUCCUGGAGUACGAGGGCAUUCUGGAUGCCAGGUAGGGCGCUGGUGCUUGGGAGGGAAAGUGGAGGGAGCAAGGUAAGCAUUGGCCCCAUGCUGCCACUGACCCCAUUGUUCUUCUGUCUUGAAAUGGUGGCGCUCAGGACAGACCCACACAUUCAGAAGAAGGAGGCGCUCCUAUGCCUCAGACUCCCUUUGCUUUACUCUUCUGCUUGACUUUAUUUACAUAAGGAUGAAAGAGGUCUUCCUUCAGGUCAUGCAGCGCAAGGUGCGCCUCUUCUUGUCGUGCCUUUGUCUUUUCUUAACUCUAAAAUGGAACAAAACAACAGCCAUACAAAUUACUUUAAAAGAAAAGAAAAGGCAGGUGAUGAAGUCUUCAUGGGCUGCCAGUCUGCUCUGAGCCUGACUCAAGGUUUUAUUCAUACAUUAAUUCAUUCUCAUUUAGGGCAUUGGUACCCUGCUCACCAAAAAGGCUACCAGAGGCUUCCAUCCGUUAAGACAAGACAGUCCCUGCCCCACAGGCUUGCAGACUAAAAAAGAAAGAAAGAAAUAAGAACAACAUAUAACACACAAGGGGAAAGGGACAGGGAGGGAAAUCAAACUUAGGCACCCAUUCCUAAACAGUUGUUCUUAUAAUGACCAGCUUGCAAAUGCAGGGGGUGCCUGAUGUUGUUGGACAUUUCAGCAAAGUUUGGUGGACUGAGCCCUGCUGCUUGCUGUCUCUUCCACUGAGGCCGUCCUAUGGAAUGGCUGCCCCCAGGUGACAGCUGAGAGAGAGGAGGCCUGGUGAGGAACUUUGAGAAACACAUGAUUAAUUUAUUCUCUCUCUCUCUCCCCCCCCCCAACCCGGCUGCCUUGCCCCAUAGCAAACAGCGUCAUAACAAGCUAUGGAAGCAACAGCCUGAGGACAGCCUCCCCCAGAACUUGGGCAGCUCUGGUGGGCCAAGUGACUAUCUGCUUGACAGUCUGGAUGUUGACCUGGAUGCUCCUUGCCAGCCCAGCUGUGCAGACCCCCGCACAAGCCAGGAGGCCGUGGGCUUCCACUACUGUUUCAGGCGCCUUUCUGACUCCUUGCCUGUGAACAGAGAGUCACUUUUCCAGCUGGAGGACCUGGAGAGGGACUUUCUGCUGGAGGAGGAGGAGGAGGAGGAGGCGGCAGAUUUGGCAGCAACAGAGCUGCCCUUCUUGGGGUUUGUUGAUGAGCCUCCAGUGGAAAAGCUGAAGAGUGUGGAGAGAGCAGAGGUCUCUGGGGAGAAAACUGUGGAGGGGAAUCCUGAGGUCAGCCUCCUGAAGGCCGGAGCUGUACCCAGGCUUGCUGUCCCAGAAGAAGGAGACCCUGCAGAGGAGAAGCUCAUUGAGCGCUGGAAGCGUCACUCAUCUGCGCAGGAGGAGGAGAGCCGGUGGAACUGUGAGAACCUGAACAACAACAACAGCAAGAGGAGCUGCCCGGAGGAUUUUGAGGUGUGUUGGACUGAACUGUGGGGCUCAGUUGAGCACAUCAGAGUGUUUGGUUGUGUGUAUGACUCUCUCUCUCUCACACACACACACACGGAUAUGGUUGCAUGCCUUGGCAUUACCAAAGGCAGAUCAUGGUAGUUGCUCUUGUCUGGAGUCCUUCAGGAGGUCAUUUCAUACUUUGUUGCUGUUCACCCUCUCCCUUAGUACGCAAGUCCAUGCUUCAUAUUGUCCCCCAAAGCAGGAUCUUCAGGGAUGCAUCAUGUGAUGGAAUAUCCCUCCCUGAACUGUGCUUUCCUUUCUGGGGUGUAAGUAGCCCUUCUUUCCAUAGGGGACACAGGCAGCCUGGGAGGGUUGGAUGAGGCCCAACUAUUAAUAUAUAGCAGAAGAGAACAUGUAAGCUGUCUCCGGGAAAGUUCACAGGGAGAAAUAGCAGUAGGAUUAUGCUUUUCUUUUCUUAAAAAGAGAAUAAUAGAGUUGUAGAGGUGGAAGGGACCCAAGGGUCAUCUAGUCCACCCCCUGCAAUGCAGGAGUCACAGCUAAAGAAUUCCUGACAGGUAGCCAUCCAACUUCAGCUUAAAUGCUUCUGGUGAAGGAAACUCCACCACCUCCUGAGGGAGUCCGUUCCACUGCUAAAAACCUCCUUCCACCAGAAAGAUCUUUCUUAUGUUUAGUUGGAAUCUCCUUUCUUGUAACUUGAAUCUAUUGGUUUGGGUCCUGCCUUCCAGAGCAGGAGAAAGCAAGCUGGCUCCAUUUCCCAAGCUAAACAUACCAAGCUCCUUCAACCGUUACUCAUCAGGCUUGGUUUCCAGGCCCUUGGUCACCCUCCUCUGCCUACAUUUCAGCUUGUCAAUAUGCUUAUUUAAAUUGUGGCCUCCAAAACGACACCAUAUUCCAGGUGGUGUCUGACAUAAGGCAGAAUAGAAGGGGACUAUGACUUCCCUUGAUCUGGACACUCUGUUGAGAAAAGGAUUGAAUAUUCCUAUUCCCUUCUUAUUUUGAGGCCUCCUCUGAAGUGAGAGCAACAGAGCUCACCACCCCUUCCUACUUUUGUGUUCUCCACAUAUUAGGAAUUGAGCAGAACCAAUCCGGGCGAAUAAGUCUCAUGAACUCAGCAGCCAGCAACCCCUGGGACACUUGAGAGUUUUGCAGCUCACCUGGCACAGUUGGCUUACGCACUGAGCCUCUUCCUCAAACAAGCCAGUUAUGCCAUAUUCCCAAGAUGCAGCCUGUGGAUGGAAAACAUCACAGCUUGUCAGAGUGGGAGGGUAUGAGAAGGAAGGUCACUUGCACCCAUCCUUACUCAGAACGCAGCAGGUAAAGCAGCACAUUAAUGGUACAUAGAACUCUACAAGAACAUAAAAAGAGCCUGAUGGGUCAGGCCAGUGGCCUAUCUAGUCCAGCAUCCUGUUCUCACAGUGGCCAACGAGAUUCCUGUGGGAAACCAGAGAGCAGGAUUUGAGCACAAGAGCAGUCUCCUCUGACAUGGUUUCCAGCGACUGGUAUGCAGAAGCAGAGCAGAGCCGUCCUGGUUGGGAGCCAUUGAUAUCCCUCUCCUCCAUGAAUGUCUUUACAGUGGUACCUCGGGUUGAGAACUUAAUUCAUUCUGGAGGUCCGUUCUUAACCUGAAAUGGUUCUUGACCUGAAGACCACUUUAGCUAAUGGGGCCUCCCGCUGCCGCCACGCGAUUUCUGUUCUCAUCCUGAAGCAAAGUUCUUAACCCGAGGUACUAUGUCUGGGUUAGCGGAGUCUGUAACCUGAAGCGUCUGUAACCUGAGGUACCACUGUAAUCCUCUUUUAAAGCAACCCAAGUUGGUGGCCAUCUCUCCCUCCGGGGGGAGGAGUUUAGCUAUGCGCUUUGAGUGACUGCUUCCCUCAAGCAGCUAAAGACUUCCCCAGCCGGCCUUCUCAGUCAGAAGCAUCCUGCCUAGCCCCUCAAGCUCACCCCUUUUUUCCUUGCCCAAGCCAGGUGCAGGAGGAGGCCAGCACCUGAGGAAAUCUCCCACAAUGCUGACAAAGGCUGCUAUUUCUGUGAUGGCUGCUUCAGUGAGGCAGCCCUCUGUGGCUUUGUCUGGCGGGAAGGAGGAAAUCCUGACUCACAGGGAGGAAGCUGGGUGCUCUGACACUGUGAGUGGCGUGUGCCAGCCAAGAGGUCCCUUGGACCGUUGUCAUCCGUUAUUUUUAAAAGAGCAAGUUUCUCUUCAUUUCUGCAGCUCCUUCUAGCACACUUAAAAACCAGAGAGGGACAGUAGGGAAUUCGUUGUAUUUUUGCCAUCAGGGCAGAACUGAAAAAUAGCCGCUUGCUGAGGUGGAACUUGUGCUAUGAACCUGGUUUUCCUGAGUCAUCCUCUCCCCAGAGGACCCCCAGUAGUGGUGCUGUGUCACCAAGGUUCCCCCGGCUUCUGAGCUGGGUUGGAUGCAUUAAACCAAGCCCUCAGACCAUGGGAAAAUGGUGUUUAUAAUUCCCUCCUAACUUCCAUAGCACCUCUAAUUUUUGCUAAGUGGUUUACAUCUUCAGUUGCAUUUGCCUCCCAGGAAGGUCUGCUGGCAUCAUUCCUGCUGCAUUAAGGGGGUCUAAGAGAGCCUGGCAGACCAGGUCUAUGUCAUGAUUCCAAGGCGGAGAUGAGGCUUGAACCCCUCUGGGCCACCACACUCCAGCUCCCAAGAAACUCUCCUCCCGCCCACAGCAGCUCCUUGUGAAUUUGGCUUCCCUGGGUCUGGAAGUUUCACUUUGAAAUGCAGAAAGGGGCAGAAGUCCUGUAAGUUCCCCCACCUCAGUGGACCCACCCACCUGCCAUCAUCAGAUGUUAUAGUGACAUAUGGGGAUAAUUGACAGGUGGGUUGUCGUGCCCACCUGCCAGAGUUGGCCCUUGGGGCCCAAGCAGAAUUGAACUCCCUGCAUAUCAACUGAUGGGCAGGGGCUUCAGUCCCUUUCCAUACCCUUCACUUGGUCUGCCCCCAUGCCUGACAUCAUGUGUCGUGGGCAUGGCUUCAGGAAAGCAGCCUGGUGGCUUACAGGCCGAGGGUCUCUCAUUCCUGGCAAAGUGUGUCCAUGCACUUGGGGCUCCUAGAUGGAAAUGUAGUGGGGGAUCUUUUCUCAGUGGCUGGCUUGCCACCCAGUUUUGUCCUUAACGGAAGAACAGCCCCACUGAAUCUAGCCAGGGUCCCCAAGGACAGCUCCACGGUGCCCUUUCAGGAGACUGGUCUGCCAAGCCAAGUGGUAGGAGGCACAGGCCGCCUCUAGCCUAGUCUGUUUCUGAGAGCAGCCAGCCAGGUAGCCAUAAGAAGUGUGAGCCACAGCCCUCCCUUGUUCUGAUUCUGACUACACAUUAGGAAGAACAUUCUGAGUGUAAGAGCUGUUGGACAAUGGAAUGGUCUCCCUCUGAAGGCGGUGGACCCUCCUUUGUUGGAGGCUUUUAAGCAGAGGUUGGAUGGCAAUCCGUCAGGAAUUCUUUAGGUGUGAUUCUGGCAUUGUAGGGGGUUGGACUAGAAGACCCUUGUCUUGUGGUCCCUUCUAACUCUAUAGUUCUAUGAUUCCACCCCCACCUCCCAAGCACCUGGUAAUUCAGAGACACAGUGCCUUAGGACACAAAAGGUUCCAAUUACCUAGUAAGUAGAAUCAUAGAAUCAUAGAAUCAUAGAGUUGGAAGAGACCACAAGGGCCAUCGAGUCCAACCCCCUGCCAAGCAGGAAACACCAUCAGAGCACUCCUGACAUAUGGUUGUCAAGCCUCUGCUUAAAGACCUCCAAAGAAGGAGACUCCACCACACUCCUUGGCAGCAAAUUCCACUGUCGAACAGCUCUUACUGUCAGGAAGUUCUUCCUAAUGUUUAGGUGGAAUCUUCUUUCUUGUAGUUUGGAUCCAUUGCUCCGUGUCCGCUUCUCUGGAGCAGCAGAAAACAACCUUUCUCCCUCCUCUAUGUGACAUCCUUUUAUAUAUUUGAACAUGGCUAUCAUAUCACCCCUUAACCUCCUCUUCUCCAGGCUAAACAUGCCCAGCUCCCUUAGCCGUUCCUCAUAAGGCAUCGUUUCCAGGCCUUUGACCAUUUUGGUUGCCCUCCUCUGGACACGUUCCAGUUUGUCAGUGUCCUUCUUGAACUGUGGUGCCCAGAACUGGACACGGUACUCCAGGUGAGGUCUGACCAGAGCAGAAUACAGUGGCACUAUUAAAAGGGAAAGGGUAAAGGACCCCUGGACGGUUAAGUCCAGUCAAAGGUGACUAUGGGGUGCUGCGCUCAUCUCGCUUUCAGGCUGAAGGAGCCGGCGUUUGUCCACAGACAGCUUUCUGGGUCAUGUGGCCAGCAUGACUAAACUGCUUCUGGCACAACGAACACUGUGACGGAAGCCAGAGCACAUUGAAAUGCCUUUCCGCUGCAGCCGUACCUAUUGCACUGGUGUGCUUUUGAACUGCUAGGUUGGCAGGAGCUGGGACAGAGCAAUGGGAGCUCACUCCGUCGCAGGGAUUUAAACCAUCGACCUUCUGAUUGGCAAGCCCAAGAGGCUCAGUAGUUUAGACCAUAGUGCCACCCACGUUUCCUAACCAGUUGGGCAAAGUCUUUUAAAAAUUAUUUUUAAUACAAGUAUUUAUAAAAAGUGCAGACAACGUGUAGCAUCAUAACAGACUUUUGUCUGGUGCAGGAAAGUGGUGAGGAAGACUGCUUCUUCUAAAGCAGUCCAAAACCAACAUUUGUGUUUUUCCCUUAGAACUUCUGUGGAUUUGAUGGACUGAUUAAAGCUCAUAUACUUGAUUGGCUAAGCUCUAGCCCUGAUGUGCUGGCAGACCUGCUAAACAGCCACUGAUAGACCUUCAUUCACAAUUCAUAAUUUUAUUUCUGUGCCACUAUUCUGUGCUCAAAGUGGCUUACAACCAAGAAAAUAGGAACACAUCUCACAACCAGUCAUCACAUGAACAAUUUCAUAAUAGCAUAAUAGAACAACAAUGUAUUAGGAAAUAUAACAAAAGCACAAUAUAACAAAAGCACUGUAAAUAUAACACAGUUGCACUAAUCACAUUACAUCUCCUGGCAAGAGCAAAAACAACAAGGGAGCUUGACAGUUUUACUUUGGUUCCAGAAACACCCGUCCAAUUACCUUAUUUAUUGCAUUGCUCUCCCACCUUUUUCUCCACAGAGCUCAAGGUGGCGCACAUGGUUUUCCCUCUCCUUGUUUAAUCCCACCCCCACCCCCGCCAAGGUGACAGGCUGUGACUAGCCCAGGCUCCCUUGGUGAGUUCAUGGCCAAGUGGAGGUUGGAACUCUCCCAGGUCCUAGUCCGACACACAAACCACUGUUAUUACUAUUGCUAUACUACACUGGCUCAGUCCCUCUCCUGCAGCAUCAACUGGGAGGCUUCCAGGGCAAGGAGUGGGGCAGCUGGAAGUGCCCCUACCAUGAUGAUGUGCCCAGGUCUAUGGAAUGGUAGAGCUGGAAAUAACCCCAAGGGCCAUCUAGUUCAACCCCCCGCAAUGCAGGGAUUGCAGGUUCUGCUUUCCCAUUUUUGUUUCAUGCCUGGCACCUCUUAACCUGGCCUCUUUUGUCCCCUUCAGCACGAUGCCAUCUUUGGGAUCCUCAGCAAAGUGAAGCCUUCCUACAAGUCUUGCGCCGACUGCGUGUAUGCCAGUGCUGGUGCCUCAGCCGACACUUUUGGGGAACCAUGUGAGCCCCUGCACCUGGCCUCCCGCUCCCGCAGUUCCACGGUCUGCACACAGCCGCCGUUCCUCCUGCACAGGACACCCGCGUUUUUGGAGCAGGCAUUCUGUGAGUCUCCCCCAAAAGAAAUCCACACUGCAAAAAGCAUCAGCUUGCCUCCUCUACUAGCGGGGAGUGACUUGCAGAGCGCUGAUCCCAGCAAACCUGCAGCCGGCUGGCCCUGUAGUGCUUCCGAGAAGCCCAGAGACGGCCCUAGGGCUCCAGCUGGCCUGAGAAACACUCUCUGCGAGAGGAGUCCCGUCCUCAGCGAGGGAAUGAAAGAGGAUUCCUUGCCAAAAAGGGACGCCCGGCAGACCAAGGACCUGAAGUACUUGCUCUUCAGCAAGGAUUUGGAGAAGCCGACCACCAAUAGCUACCUGAUGCAGCACCAGGAGUCGCUCCUGCAGCUCCAGAAAGCGGGCUUGGUCCGGAAGCACACGAAGGAGCUGGAGCGCCUCAAGAGCCUGCCAGCGCCUGAAGCAGCUGCUCAUGGGAGGGAGUGCCCUGGGGGCCCGGCGGACGGCAGCAUUCCGGAAGAAACGCAGGAGCUGGAGGUGGCCCAGCAGGAGCAGCAGCCUCUUCCCAUACCCAGGGGUAUGAAAAAUGACACUGAGAAGCUGCAGAAAAGCCCCCUGGUAGGCGGGGCGUCUCAGAAGACCUCCACGCCUGUCCUGUGCCGGACGGUGGACCACACAAGCAGCUUCACAAAGGACUUUCUCAAGACCGUCUGCUACACACCGUCGUCGUCCCGGAGCUCCAACCUGACGCGGAGCUCCAGCAGCGACAGCAUCCACAGCGUGCGAGGGAAGCCUGGCUUGGUGAAGCAGCGGACCCAGGAGAUUGAGACCAGGCUGCGGCUGGCUGGCCUGACGGUCUCCUCCCCGCUGAAGCGCUCCAACUCCCUGGCCAAGCUGGGCAGCCUCAACCUGUCCUCAGAGGACUUGGCGAGCGAGACGGACCUGUCCGCCCUGACGGACUCCAGGGAGACCAAGUCAAGCGAGUCCUCGGUGGUGCGCUGCCAGCCUGCCCUGAAGGCCACUGGAGAGCAAGCCACCUUGCCGCCGGCAGAAGCCGCUCUGGCAAAGUUGAAGGGCAGGCUGUGGAUGGGGGAGAGUUGACACAUAUUUAUGACCUUUGUUAAAAAGAACUUGUUCCUUUUAUAGUUGUCUUUACUAAAUGCAGUUUUAUCAUUUUGCAAAAAGAUGAUAAAGUUCUCUCCCCUCCCCCCAGUCCCUUCCCGUGUGAUGCCACAAGUAGUGUGGGGAAAGGGGGAGACUUGACAGGGCUAGCAACCCAGUGGAAAAGGCGCUCGCAGCCUCCCGGCUCAGAAGGCGAUGGUGGCAUGUGUGACCUGGGCCUCUGCUUUCCUCGGGGGGGGGUGCAGAGGGGCAUAUCCUCUUCCCCUCCCAUGCUGAAGAAGCAACAACUCUUUCUUGCAAGGUUUCCCUGGCGGCUCAAUUUGAGCACAAUUUCCUAGUUCAAAGAGGCACUUGAGGUAAGAGCCUGAGAGGGAAACACCAAACAUGCUACCUCCAUUCUUCACGUAUUUAUACAUGGGAUUUUUCUUUUAAAAAACACACAAAAAUCAGUCUUGUUCCGAAAUUGAUGGUUCUCCUUUUGAAGAGUUACAGUUCAGUCAUUGUUGUUAACACCACUGCACAGAUCCCCAUUCCUGCCGACCUUGAGUUUAUGUGCCCCGAGUGACGGUCUUUCUGGUCUGACUUUACUCGCCUGGCUGAAGGAAUGUUGAGUUUCUCCUGGGAUGUGGGAUGAUCAUCCUGUGGCUCCUUGCCUUCUGCUGUCAUGUGGCUUUGCUAAGACAAUUCCAUCAAUGCUGUUUGGGAUGGCAACCUGGAGCCCCUGUUAAAAACAGCAGUAGCUGAAUUCUGAGUUGUCAACCUUUUGAGUUUGGAGCUUAUCAUAAAGCUAUUGUGGCACAAGAAGGGGGAGCCUGCCCCCCCAGAUGUUGCCCUGCUCCUGCUGCCACCCCUGAAGAGGGUUGUAGUCCAGCAACAUCUGGGGCCCACCGGGCCCAUAACCCCGAUGUCCUAAGGUUGCUGAUCACACAUGGAAUAAAGGAUUGGGUGGCAGUGGUUUGUUUGUUUUUCUACUGUUGACCUAUGUUUGGAAAUUGGGGAGAGUUUCUGUGGAAUCGGGGUCUUUUUCGCUUUUGUCUUAAUAUUUUUGUAAAAAUGAACUGUGUGCUUUGCUCAACUUGCAGCAGUCAGAAGGAAGCUGCAUUUUGCCUCAGGAACAGAUGGUGCUCCCUGCCAAGCUCCAGAGCUGUUUGUGGACUGGGGCAGCAUCAUCCUUUGUUUUAUUGCCUGGGUGCCACGGGGGGGGGGGGGAGAAAAAAGACUUCUUCUUGACGCUUUCCCCAGAGGUGCGUCUCACCAGUCACACAGGGGGUCAAAGGUUACUUGAAUCUUGGUCUGCUGUUGCUGCUGGUCUUGCUGACCGAGGCCAGAGUGUCUUGGGGCUCAAGAUUUGAUUUCUGAGCUGUGCUGAUUUCUGAGCACCACAAGGGAGAGGACUUGUGCAAUAAGACCAGAUGUGUGUGUGGGGGGGUCCUCUCUGCAAUAUUCAUUGUAAUUCAAAGGUCCAGGAGGGAUUGUUCUUGGAGCACCCUCCCCUGUACGCACACCAGGGUUCUCCAGACUUAGUUGGAACCUUCUGGGAUGGAGUGCCAAGAGCAGAGGAGAGGAACCCAUCCUUCCCCUGGGAACCCUCACUUGGAGCCUUCCCCACACUGUUGUGGUCACAGGCCAGAGGUGAGUCUGGUGCAGGUCUUGGAGAACUUCUGAGGCCUCACACAGAGGCUCUCAAGCCAAGGGGAGGGGAGGACUCUUGGCAUUUCACUCUUCCUAAACACAGGUCUCGGGCCAGACAGAAUAUGGUCCAUCCCAAUCGCCAAUCCAGGGCCAAAGAGGGGAUUGCCUCAUGUCCCAGUUGAUGAGCAAGUGCUACUGAGAACCCAGAGUAGGGCUUGCCGCUUGCUGCUCUCCACAUUUCUUUAGGGCUGGCAAAUAUUUAGGAUAGUCAGUGGGGUCAUUCCUUGCAGCCCUUGUGACAGUUGUGGAAGCCAGCAUGCCAGCUCUUACCUUUUGAAGUCCACAGCAGAACUUCCACGUGCAUUGUGGGUAUCUCCUACUCAGGUCAUUGGGGCAUCUUCCUUUGCCUGUUGACAUGGUACAGAUUUCUGCAUUGCAGGGGGUUGGACUAGAUGACCCAUGGGUUCCCUUCCAGCUCUACAAUUCCAUGAUUCUGUUGCUGGCUUAGGGACACCUCAGAAAGAGAUUCUUCUCCAGGUCUCCUUGUCAAUCAAGCCUGCAAGCGAAAUGGUCAGCACCAUUUUCUGUACUCUAGCCUCUGGUGUGAGUGAAGCUUUGUGGUGGAAACUGAGCAGGCACAAAUGGCAAGUCAGACAAGGUGCCAACUGUUGGAACCCUUUCUCUGCAAAUGCUGUAAGUCGGAAGCCUUGCUCUUUGCUUGGAAGUAUAAGCUUGGAACAGACAAAGCUGUUUUGUGUGUAUUCUGAUUAUAAGUAUUGUUCCACGUGGCUUUUCCUAUCCAGGUACAAAACAGAUUUGCACAGGCCAGAUGCCCAGCAUUCACCCUUACCAUGUUGGACCUGUUCCUCUGGAGCCCUUUGACCAGUGUUUCAGGGAGGAAGCCACAGGACUGCUUUGGAGGCCAAAUUUGAAUUUCAGAAUCUUUUCAUGAGCUGUACUCAACAUAUUAACUAGCAGUCCUCCCAAUUCUCAAAAACCUGUGGGUGUGUCUCCUCCCGAUACAGAGGUCCUUGCUUCUGGUUGCGUCUGGGUGGCCAGCAGGUUCCAUGCGGAGUGAAUCUGUUGAUUCAUUAAUUUUAGGGCUGGGGUGUUGAUUUGUGCAACACUACUUUAUGCCGACCAUGUCAAAGUACUGUAGAAGACCUUUUCAGGGUUCAAGACUCUUGUAGUGUGUAGCAUGAAAUGCAUUUUGUGUUUAGUGUUCCUUUUUCAUUUUUGUCCACUGCUGAAAGUCAUUUCAUUGCCACACUUGCUUCUUGCAGAAGUCGCCACCCAUGGGAUUAUUCAGCUUUGUCACCUGGCUUUUCUACCCAGUGUACUGUGUGACAUCUGGUAUCAAAAGGCGACUGCUACCCUCUUUCUUCUCCCCUCACUCACGUCCCAACUGGCCAAUCCCCAAAAGCAGCCUGCCCCCAUUUCUCUACAGCCCCAAUCAGCUGUGAGUCAAGAGGGCAGCAGCUGCAGAAGGAGAGCAGAACACCAACUGACCUCUCAUACCCGUGCCCUGACCCCGGUUGGCUCACCGGCCACAUACUUAUUUGGAUGAAUUGCUGAGCCACCUUUGAACCAUUUUUCCACAGUGAUGUAGCCACAGACCAGGGCCCACAGCCUUUCUCAAGAACCAACGGAUUUGCCGGUCAUUGCUGGGGCAACUGUGCAUUCCCUGUGCAGCUGGUGUUGCUCCUGGUGGAGCCUUUCUGGUUGCUUAGCUUCCUCCCUCCUUUAAUGUAUGAUGCAUUUUGGCAACAGCAGGUGCUGGGAACCACCCUGUCACUCUAAUGCUUAUUUGCAAUAUAGAACAUAAAACUUGCAGCAAUAUACAUUCUUGGAAGCCCUUAAGGCUGCCCAGUGGAGAAUAAGAGCACAGCACAGCUUACCAAUACACUUUUUAAACCAAACCUUAGCAGCCUUGCUGAAGAGUUCUAUUUUGACUCAUGAAAGGGGCUGCUGUCUCCUCCUCUUGUCCUGUUUAUCCUCUUAUUUCCAGGGAGUUAAUUGUUAAGAAUUUAGUUCAUGGCCGAAAUAGUUCUUUAUUGCAUAUGGAAGACUGCAAUAUUUGAUUUUACCCUGGAAAAGUUCAACUGGGGGUACAACCUUGCUUAGUAUAUCUCAGGUUGACAUUGUCCUUUUUAAAAAAAAAACACCUGCAAAGGUCUUUAAGCCAAUAGCAAGCAUCUAGCCCACAGCAUACCAUUUCAAAGAUUAUUAUUUUUUAAAUCCGCAGGAGGUUGCUAGCUUAUUUAGAUGCAUGGCAGGGUAGCUGAUGGUACUUCUUUUACUUUCUUUUUAAAUUGAGUGCCUUGUGGAUAGUUUACAAAUACUGUGUAUUUAUGUGAAGUUCUUACUCUUAUUUGUCUUGGUACCUCUGAUGUUCAUGGUGCCCAUAGAGCUCCGUCUAUAAUACUUUCAGUUGACAUCAUGCUUACAUACCUGAAGUUACUUUUGUCAUUUGGAAUGGCUCGUUGACGUCCCAUUUGCUACUUGAGAAAUUGUUGACAGUGGUUUUGAGUUUUUAAAAAGAAAAAGCUCUUAUACAAAGACCCUCUUUCCACACACACUGCACACUUGUUGGAUUAAUCUAUGCAGCGCCAAAGGCAGGCAGGGACUCCACAAGGCAUCUCAAAGACGGAAGGAAUUUGUCCUCUCCACCAGGUGGAUCUCCUGGAGCCUGUGCUCCCUGCCAACAUAUGUCCCAGCCUAAAAUCUGAAAUGCACAAAUGGAGACCUUUUAGUUUCUCCAGCUUAUGCUCUUCCUGAACAUUUUAAAUGAGAUGGCCCCAUUUUGAUUCUUGUUUAUUCUUCUGUUUUGCAGUCCAAGUCAGCUUAUCGUUUGUGUUGCCAAUGUACAUUCAUGGGCUCAUUGAAGCAUAAAUUGGAAGUCCAUAGAUGGAGCUGCUUCUUUGUAAAAUCUUGGCUGGUCCAGAUAUUGACAGGCCCAGUUAGCACCCCACACUUGGUGCUCUACACCCACCACCAGACGUGUAAAGGAGAGCAGAGCAAAUGAAAGUGGGGUUUAUGUUUUGAAGGGCAAAGAAUGGCCAUUACUAAUAGAAAGGCACUUGCUCCAUGACACUUCAUAAGUUGCAUCCAAGAGCUAAGCUCACCCCCAAAACCUCAACUGUCCACUGUUAGCAAAGCCCAUCACCAUCUGAACUGGCCUUAUCAAUGUGUGAAAUAAUUCAAGCUGACAAAUAUGUUCCUGGUACAAUGUACAUUUUUUUAUUCUAGGGUUGUUGUUUUUUAUUUAAAAAAACCAAACCCACCUAUGUACACUGUGUUGUGUGUGAGAGAAUGUAUGUAUGUAUGUAUGUAUGACUACAUUCACAGUAGGGGAUGCAAUAUGCACUUUUUUUUACUUGUUAGUAAAAGUGUACUGUAUUAUGUGCUUCUCAUGAGGAAACAAAUAAUAAAAAAAUUCUUUACAAACUGC